AUGGAGGGAAAGAACGAGAGGGAGGAUAAAAUCGAUCCCUUUAGCGACUGCCUCAGUAAUUGCCUUAAGUCAGCAGGUUUACACAUCCUUUAAACUAAUUGUUUACUCUGCUCAGUGUUUCUCUGCAUUGGUUCAGUGUAGCUUUAUAUUACUAUUAUUAUUAUGAAGGAAUAAUAUUGAAUGGUAGCCUAGGCUAUACAUAACCACAUACAGCGGUUAAACAUUUGAAUCAAAUUGAUCUAAUCCUCUUUCUCUUCCUCCAUCUCUCCCUCCCUCCUGUCUUUGAUCCCCCUCUCCCUCUUGACUUAGGUAUAUUGAGUUGUUUGUUAGAUGCUGCUAUAGGUCUAUUGGGACUUUAUUUGGGCCAUUCUUUAUUCAUGGCUGUGUUCUUAGGCAGAAUUGUGAGUGAGCCCACUCCCUUGGCUGAGAAGCAACCCCACACAUGAAUGGUCUCAGAAUGCUUUACUGUUAACAUGACACAGGACUGAUGGUAGCGCUCACCUUGUCUUCUCCGGACAAGGUGUUUUCCGGAUGCCCCAAACAAUCGGAAAGGGGAUUCAUCAGAGAAAAUGACUUUACCCCAUUCCUCAGCAGUCCAAUCCAUGUACCUUUUGCAGCAUAUCAGUCUGUCCCUGAUGUUUUUCCUGGAGAGAAGUGGCUUCUUUGCUGCCCUUCUUGACACCAGGCCAUCCUCCAAAAGUCUUCGCCUCACUGUGAGUGCAGAUGCACUCACACCUGCCUGCUGCCAUUCCUGAGCAAGCUCUGCACUGGUGGUGCCCCGAUCCCGCAGCUGAAUCAACUUUAGGAGACGGUCCUGGCGCUUGCUGGACUUUCUUGGGCGCCCUGAAGCCUUCUUCACAACAAUUGAACCUCUCUCCUUGAAGUUCUUGAUGAUCCGAUAAAUGGUUGAUUUAGGUGCAAUCUUACUAGCAGCAAUAUCCUUGCCUGUGAAGCCCUUUUUGUGCAAAGCAAUGAUGACGGCACGUUUUUCCUUGCAGGUAACCAUGGUUAACAGAGGAAGAAGAAUGAUUUCAAGCACCACCCUCCUUUUAAAGCUUCCAGUCUGUUAUUCUAACUCAAUCAGCAUGACAGAGUGAUCUCCAACCUUGUCCUCGAUAACACUCUCACCUGUGUUAACAAGAGAAUCACUGACAUGAUGGCAGCUGGUGCUUUUGUGGCAGGGCUGAAAUACAGUGGAAAUAUGUUUUGGGGAUUAAGUUCAGUUUCAUGGCAAAGAGGGACUUAGCAAUUAAUUGCAAUUCAUCUGAUCACUCUUCAUGACAUUCUGGAGUAUAUGCAAAUUGACAUCAUCAGAACUGAGGCAGCAGACUUUGAAAAUUAGAAUUUGUGUUAUUCUCAAAACUUUUGACCACAACUGUAGACCUUACAGUGAAACACUUACUUACAAGCCCUUAACCACCAAUGCAAUUUUAAGAAAGAAUCCCCCCCAAAAACAUUAAAUAAAAAAUUAAGAGAUAUAAAAGUAACAAAUAAUUAAAGAGCAGCAGUGAAAUAACAAUAGCAAGGCUAUAUACAGGGGGUACCGGUACCGAGUCAAUGUGCGGGGGCACCGGUUAGUCGAGGUAAUUGAGGUAAUAGGUACAUGUAGGUAGAGUUAUUAAAGUGACUAUGCAUAGAUAAUAAACAGAGAGUAGCAGCAGCGUAAAGGGAGGGGGGGAAUUUGAUUAGCUGUUCAGGAGUCUUAUGGCUUGGGGGUAGAAGCUGUUUAGAAGCCUCUUGGACCUAGACUUGGCGCUCCGGUACCACUUGCCGUGCGGUAGCAGAGAGAACAGUCUAUGACUUUGGUGGCUAUAGUAUAUGACAAUUUUUAGGGCCUUCCUCUGACACUGCCUGGUAUAGAGGUCCUGGAUGGCAGGAAGCUUGGCCCCAGUGAUGUACUGGGCCGUACGCACUACCCUCUGUAGUGCCUUGCGGUCGGAGGCCAAGCAGUUUCAUUACCAGGCAGUCAUGCAAGCAGUCAGGAUGCUCUCGAUGGUGCAGCUGUAGAACCUUUUAAGGAUCUGAGGACCCAUGCCAAACCUUUUCAUUCUCGUUCGGGGGAAUAGGUUUUGUCGUGCCCUCUUCACGACUGUCUUGGUGUGCUUGGACCAUGUUAGUUUGUUGGUUAUGUGGACACCAAGGAACUUGAAGCUCUCAACCUGCUCCACUACAGCCCCGUCGAUGAGAAUGGGGGCGUGCUCGGUAUAUUAUUUUUCCUGUAGUCCACAAUCAUCUCCUUUGUCUUGAUCAUGUUGAGGGAGAGGUUGUUGUCCUGGCACCACAUGGCCAGGUCUCUGACCUCCUCCCUAUAGGCUGUCUUGUCGUUGUCUGUGAUCAGGCCUACCACUGUUGUGUCAUCGGCAAACUUAAUGAUGGUGUUUUGAGUCGUGCCUGGCCAAGCAGUCAUGAGUGAACAUGGAGUACAGGAGGUGACUGAGCACGCACCCCUGAGGGGCCCCCGUGUUGAGGAUCAACGUGGCGGAUGUGUUGUUACUUACCCUUACCACCUGGGGGCGGCCCGUCAGGAAGUCCAGGAUCCAGUUGCAGAGGGAGGUGUUUAGUCCCAGGGUCCUUAGCUUAGUGAUGAGCUUUGAGGGCACUAUGGUGUUGAACACUGAGCUGUAGUCAAUGAGUAUCAUUCUCACAUACAGUUGAAGUCUGAAGUUUACAUACACUUAGGUUGGAGUCAUUAAAUCUCUUUUUUCAACCACUCCACAAAUUUAUUGUUAACAAACUAUAGUUUUGGCAAGUCGGUUAGGACAUCUACUUUGUGCAUGACAAAAGUAAUUUUUCCAACAAUUCUUUACAGACAGAUUAUUUCACUUAUAAUUCACUGUAUCACAAUUCCAGUGGGUCAGAAGUUUACAUACACUAAGUUGACAUUGCCUUUCAACAGCUUUGAAAAUUCCAGGAAAUGAUGUCAUGGCUUUAGAAGCUUCGGAUAGGCUAAUUGACAUCAUUUGAGUCAAUUGGAGGUGUACCUGUGGAUGUAUUUCAAGGCCUACCUUCAAACUCAGUGCCUCUUUGCUUGACAUCAUGGGAAAAUGAAAAGAAAUCAGCCAAGACUUCAGAAAAAAGAUUGUAGACCUCCACAAGUCUGGUUCAUCCUUGGGAGCAAUUUCCAAACACCUGAUGGUACCACGUUCAUCUGUACAAACAAUAGUAUGCAAGUAUAAACACCAUGGGACCACGCAGCCGUCAUACCGCUCAGGAAGGAGAUGCGUUCUGUCUCCUAGAGUUGAAUGUACUUUGGUGCGAAAAGUGUAAAUCAAUCCCAGAACAACAGCAAAGGACAUUUUGAAGAUGCUGGAGGAAAUAGCUACAGAAGUAUCUAUAUCCACGAUAAAUCGAGUCCUAUAUCGACAUAACCUGAAAGGCCGCUCAGCAAGGAAGAAGCCACUGCUCCAAAACCGCCAUAUAAAAGCCAGACUACAGUUUGCAACUGCACAUGUGGACAAAUAUCGUACUUUUUGGAGAAAUGUCCUCUGGUCUGAUGAAACAAAAAUAGAACUGUUUGGCCAUAAUGACCAUCGUUAUGUAGCAAGCCGUAGAACACCAUUCCAACCGUGAAGCACGGGGGUGUAUGUAAACUUCUGACCCACUGGGAAUAUGAUGAAAGAAAUAAAAAAUUAAAUAAAUCAUUCUCUCUACUAUUAUUCUGACAUUUCACAUUCUUAAAAUAAAGUGGUGAUCCUAACUGACCUAAGACAUGGAAUUUUUACUAGGAUUAAAUGUCAGGAAUUGUGAAAAACUGAUUUUAAAUGUAUUUGGCUAAGGUGUAUGUAAACUUCCGACUUCAACUGUAUGUGUAACAUUUGUUUUGAUUUAGAAUUGAGCAUUAUCAUGCACCUGUAUCGAAACAGGGGCAGCGGGAAAAGAUACAUGUCAUCUAUGCACUUAAAUAGCGAAUGGAGGACAGUUUUCCCCGUGGUUUAUUUUCAUGCCAGCCGGGUAAAUAUAAGCAAUGGGCUUAAUAUUAGGAAAGUUAAGAAAUAAAUAUAUUAGCCCUAGCCUACAGAAAGCUGAUGGGAUCCUCCUCUUUUAUUAGCGUCCAUCACUCUGUUUUCUCCCGCAAUUGCAUAGCCUACAGAAAUGUUACACAACUUGAGCUCAUGGGCUCUCAUGAAUUGUUUGAUCAGAUUUUCGAAUACAUUUGCAUUGAUGUCAGAGUGCUUAAAGAGACAAUAGAGUGCUGAGUACCAGGCAGUUAGCAAGUUUGGUAGGCUAUUAAUGACCAUCGGCAGCAUCAGGGCUUGGAGAAGCCUAAUUACCGUGACUGAACGUUCAUGUGGAAUUUGACUGCCUUCAUGACUUGUCUGCUGGGUGUGUCAGUAAUACGGUCACCGCAACAGCCCUAGUGUCAAUGUGUCCAUAUGGCAGAGGCUGGUGCUCUCGCAUUAGUUGAAUUUGGACUUUUAGAUUUUUAUUAUUUGUAAUACAUUACAAUGAUUUUGAGAAACAAAAACGGUAUUAUUGAAAUGAAACUGUUCCACGAAAAUGCGCAUAUAAUAAUCGUAACUGGCACGCAGAUCGGGAGAAAUAGUAGGAUAAAUUGUAAGCUUCCACAAACUUGAAACUCACGAGAGCUGCCUGAGGUCUUCACUAUAACACCCAUAAAAAACAAUAUGUGCACAAGUGCGUGCACACACAGGUCCCGUGAAAAAAAACCUUGCCCCCCCUAUGAAAAUCGAAUGCCCGUCUAACUGAUUCGUUCUGGUGCGUGCCCUGGCCUCAUGUCCGUUUUGACUGAUGAUAUUGAUCUAGUGUAGGCUUCAGGGCAGGAAGUUUCAGCCUAAUACAGCACACCACACAGUAGCUAUUGCAUUUCAGUAACUUGGAACAGCACAGGGCGAUCUAGCCAUUUUGGCCGCACACAGGUUUUAAUGCGUCUAUUUAUUUGGCAUAUUUUCAUUGAUGGGUUGUGGUUACUUUCAGCCAGGCCCUGGAUGAAAACCACUGGACUGUAGUGAUGGGGUGAAAAAAUCGAUAGUUACCAAUUGGGAUAUUAGUUUUGACGAUAUAUUGUAUCGUUUUGACUAUCGCAAUAUUAUUUUUGCGCCAGUUGGCUGUACCUACACCAAAACUCCUGUAUUUUUCCUUCAUAGCUUAUUCUCCAUCUUUUUAAUUAGGUCACCAAUUUGUUUUCAGCACUUUUAUUUCCAUGGCUGAUCAAAACUCACUUUCUCAUAGCUCUCUUUUGUCCCUCUGCAGCAGACAUAUGGUGAGCAGUAUGUUUUGACCAUGGAAUCGCAAUACAUAUAGAAUCGUUAGAAUCGCAAUACAUAUCGUAUCGCCACCUAUCGUGAUAAUAUCAUAUUGUGAGGUCCCUGGCAAUUCCCAGCCCGACUGGACAGGAGCGCUGCCCAAGUCUGUAGCCCUGUCUAGUGUUGGAUGUCUGGGGGAGAGAGGGGGGUAGCAGGAGGCCUGGCUGGAUGGAUGGAGGGCUGGAGGAAGGGAGAGGGAGGAAGGGAAGGACGUAGCAUGCUGGCUGGCUGGAUGGAUGGAUGGAUGGAUGGAUGGUGUCCUCUCCAUUCUAAUCAUCCUGUCUUUCCCCACGGGCUGCAGUCUGGCUCAGGCAUUCCUGGAAAACUCCUAGAUGGAUGGAUGUGUGGAGGGAGGGAGUGGGAGGCAUCUCCACAUCAACCACAUAAACAGAAGCCUACUGUAUUAGCUAGCUUUGUGAGAUACAUUAUAAGGGCCAUGUGUUUUUAACUAGCAGUGUUUGGAGAAGUAUUAAGGUAUUUGGUGAAUGCUCUUGGCUACAUUGGCGCAGCAUGUGGAAAGUAGGGAAUAAGGCUGAUGUAUUGGGCUCACGCUGGGCUGAGUAGGCUACCAGCUGUCCAUAUGCGAGUGUAGGACCCCGGAAAGGGAAGUUCACCUCCCUAUCUGUCGAGGUUUACGAGUUAGCUCCUCAGACCUCACUCCUCCUCCCUCUCUCUGUGUCCUCAAUCUGCUUAGUUCAGGGUUCACUUGGAACAGAUCUGCUGCAGCCUGCACCAGUUAGCUUAUUCACCAACAUAACACAGAACAGAGCAGUGUGUGUGAGGGAGUCAACCAUCUGUACCAGGGUUUCCGUUAGCCAGUAAUAGCUAUUCAUAUUAUGUACAGUGCUUUCGGAACGUAUUAAGACCCUUUUACUUUUUCCACAUUUUGUUAGGUUAUAGCCUUAUUCUAAAAUUGCUUAAAUAUUUUUUUUCCUCAUCGAUCUACUCACAAUACCACAUAAUGACGACGCAAAAACAGGUUUUUUGAAAUUGUCAUGUGCCUUUUACUGAGGAGUGGUUUCCGUCUGGCCACUCUACCAUAAAGGCCUGAUUGGUGGAGUGCUGCAGAGAUGGUUGUCCUUCUGGAAAGUUAUCCCAGCUCCACAGAGGACCUCUAGAGCUCUGUCAGAGUGACCAUCGGGUUCUUGGUCACCUCCCUGACCAAGGCCCUUCUCCCCAGACUGCUCAGUUUGGCAGGGCGGCCAGCGCUAGGAAGAGUCUUGGUGGUUCCAAACUUCAUCCAUUUAAGAAUGAUGGAGGCGACUGUGUUCUUUGGGACCUUCAAUGCUGCAGAUAUCUUUUGGUACCUUCCCCAGAUCUAUGCCUUGACACUAUCCUGUCUCGGAGCUCUAUGGACAUUUCCUUCGACCUCAUUGCUUGGUUUUUGCUCUAACAUGCACUGUCAACCGUGGGACCUUAUAUAGGCAGGUGUGUGCCUUUCCAAAUCAUGUCCAAUCAAUUGAAUUUACCACAGAUUGAUUCCAAUGAAGUUGUAGAAACAUCUCACGGAUGAUCAAGAAAACAGGAUGCACUUCAAGUCUCAUAGCAAAGGGUCUGAAUACUUAUGUAAAUAAGGUAUUUUUGUUUUAUUUUUAAUACAUUAGCAAAAAUGUCUAAAACCCUGUUUUUGCUUUGUCAUUAUGGGCUAUUGUGUGCAUAUUGCUGAGGAUUUGUAUUUAUUUAAUACAUUUUAGAAUAAGGCUCUAAUGUAACAAAAUGUGGAAAAAGUCAAGUGGCACUAUCUUAUUUAUCACACGCGUACAGGUACAUAUUUUCCACUCAAAAGGCUCUGUCAGACAGCACGAGAGCCGCUGCUACAGCAUCUCAAACAGCAUGUGCAUAGGCAACGGAAGACAGGCUUCAUCAGCAGGUCACACACCACUUUGCAAUGAGCUGGAGGCAGUAUGCGUUUAACUAUAUAUAUAUAUAUAUAUAUAUAUAUAUAUAUAUAUAUAUAUAUAUAUAUAUAUAUAUAUAUAUACACACACACACAGUGGGGGAAAAAAGUAUUUAGUCAGCCACCAAUUGUGCAAGUUCUCCCACUUAAAAAGAUGAGAGAGGCCUGUAAUUUUCAUCAUAGGUACACGUCAACUAUGACAGACAAAAUGCGGAAAAAAAAUCCAGAAAAUCUCAUUGUAAGAUUUUUAAUGAAUUUAUUUGCAAAUUAUGGUGGAAAAUAAGUAUUUGGUCAAUAACAAAAGUUUCUCAAUACUUUGUUAUAUACCCUUUGUUUGCAAUGAAACAGGUCAAACGUUUUCUGUAAGUCUUCACAAGGUUUUCACACACUGUUGCUGGUAUUUUGGCCCAUUCCUCCAUGCAGAUCUCCUCUAGAGCAGUGAUGUUUUGGGGCUGUCGCUGGGCAACAUGGACUUUCAACUCCCUCCAAAGAUUUUCUAUGGGGUUGAGAUCUGGAGACUGGCUAGGCCACUCCAGGACCUUGAAAUGCUUCUUACGAAGCCACUCCUUCGUUGCCCGGGCGGUGUGUUUGAGAUCUUUGUCAUGCUGAAAGACCCAGCCACGUUUCAUCUUCAAUGCCCUUGCUGAUGGAAGGAGGUUUUCACUCAAAAUCUCACGAUACAUGGCCCCAUUCAUUCUUUCCUUUACACGGAUCAGUCGUCCUGGUCCCUUUGCAGAAAAACAGCCCCAAAGCAUGAUGUUUCCAUCCCCAUGCUUCACAGUAGGUAUGGUGUUCUUUGGAUGCAACUCAGCAUUCUUUGUCCUCCAAACACGACGAGUUGAGUUUUUACCAAAAAGUUCUAUUUUGGUUUCAUCUGACCAUAUGACAUUCUCCCAAUCCUCUUCUGGAUCAUCCAAAUGCACUCUAGCAAACUUCAGACGGGCCUGGACGUACUGGCUUAAGCAGGGGGACACGUCUUGCACUGCAGGAUUUGAGUCCCUGGCGGCGUAGUGUGUUACUGAUGGUAGGCUUUGUUACUUUGGUCCCAGCUCUCUGCAGGUCAUUCACUAGGUCCCCCCGUGUGGUUCUGGGAUUUUUGCUCACCGUUCUUGUGAUCAUUUUGACCCCACGGGGUGAGAUCUUGCGUGGAGCCCCAGAUCGAGGGAGAUUAUCAGUGGUCUUGUAUGUCUUCCAUUUCCUAAUAAUUGCUCCCACAGUUGAUUUCUUCAAACCAAGCUGCUUACCUAUUGCAGAUUCAGUCUUCCCAGCCUGGUGCAGGUCUACAAUUUUGUUUCUGGUGUCCUUUGACAUCUCUUUGGUCUUGGCCAUAGUGGAGUUUGGAGUGUGACUGUUUGAGGUUGUGGACAGGUGUCUUUUAUACUGAUAACAAGUUCAAACAGGUGCCAUUAAUACAGGUAACGAGUGGACAGAGGAGCCUCUUAAAGAAGAAGUUACAGGUCUGUGAGAGCCAGAAAUCUUGCUUGUUUGUAGGUGACCAAAUACUUAUUUUCUACCAUAAUUUGCAAAUAAAUUCAUAAAAAAUCCUACAAUGUGAUUUUCUGGAUUUUUUUUCCUCUAUUUGUCUGUCAUAGUUGACGUGUACCUAUGAUGAAAAUUACAGGCCUCUCUCAUCUUUUUAAGUGGGAGAACUUGCACAAUUGGUGGCUGACUAAAUACUUUUUUUCCCCACUGUAUAUAUAUAUUUUUUUUACCAGAAUUUUUUAUUAUGAGGCAUGUCUUACCUUUCUUCAAAGUAGCCUAGCCAAAAUCAGACCAUAUCCGUGGAGGCUAUAAUUUUUUCAUCAACUUUCUUUCAUUGUCCAGUAGCCAAACGCACAAUCCGAGUUAUAUUAGCAACCCAUGCUAGUUGUUUAAAAUUAGAUCUCCUUUCUAAAUGUCUUUUUACAUCUCUGUCACAUGAAACUGUUCUCAUGUGUGCUGUGCUUUUGACAACAGUAUUUUCCCGCUAAUUGCAUUAUGGAUCAAACAUUUCCGCUUAGUCUACUGCCUUGUACGCAUUGCUGCACUUAUAAUGUGAAGAAAUAAUAGUUUAUCAACAUGUUAAGCUAAACGUUCUGAUCUAUUGCGUCAGACUCUUGCUUUUUACCGUUUUUUUGGGGGGGGGGGGUGUUGCCUAGGAUCUAUCAUCCCAGAGCUGUCCCAGAGUCUUUCUGGAAUAGGCUAUUUCUUUCUCGACCAAUAUUUGCUGUUCGUGACUCGUCUUUUUGGCUGAGGAAAAGUAAAUGUGGACAGUUAUUCUAACAUCUUCAAAGUGCGCAUCAGAAUUCGAUAAAAAGGGCCGCGCAUCGUUGCAUCCUCAACUUUUAUGCUCUGUUAAUAUGAAUUACCAUAAUCUAAAGGGGAUUUCUGUCAUUCUGAGCACCGUGGGUGGACGCCCUAAUCAGGUUACUUAUAAAUGUCCGGUAAAUUAAAAUGCCGCCUGUCAAAUGUCCUGGUGAAACCCUGAUCUGUACACAAGCCAGUGUGCGAAACCCUGAUCUAUUUCUCUCCCCCCGGUGUGUGUUUGUGAGAGAGCUGAGCUCCUUAAAUGCACAGACACAGAUAAUUGGGGAAGGAAGCGGGGUGAUAUAGCCUAGAGAGAGAGAGAGGUGUGUGUGUUCGGCAGGCAGGAAGGGGGGUACUACAGAAAGUAGUCUUGGUGACAGAGCCUGUUGCCAUGGAGCUGGGCCUCCCAUUGGUGGUGGCCUGGGCCAAUCACAUGGCAGCACAGUCUGUUUCAUCAUUGAGAAUUUAUUUCUCUGCCAUUUCUCUCUCUCCCCCUCUCUCCCCCUCUCUCUCAUCACUCACUCAUUCACUCACUGCUCCCCCUUCCUAAACUAGAAAAAGUGCAGAAAUUACAUAAGAUCUGUAAUGGGAGCGGGAAUAGCUUCUGAUGUUUGUCUUGACACAUUUAUAUGUUGUGUGAGUGAAUGAAAAUGUAGCAACCGAUCCGUUGCAUGCAGCAUCUGUUUGAAUGAGGCUAAGCAAGAUACACAUUCAUUGGCACAGACUUAUGAUAGAUUUCAACAUCAUGUGUAGCCUAGUACUACCAUCAUGCAACAUGUAGCCGAACUCCAGUGCGUGUAACUCCAAUGGUAUUUCAGUGUCUUGAAUCAUCUGCCCGUUUGUUAGAAAAUGUGAAUGUAAAGACUUGUGGACGUGAAUUGAUGCUGCAUGGUGGAGUCCGCCGUCUGUGAGUAGCAGUGCUGAGAGGUGACUCAUACAGUUGUUUUGGGCUUAGGCUACAUCCCAUCCCAGUAACACACUCAUCUGCACUAGUGUUAACACACUCUUAGGUGUACUUGUGACUUGGCCUGACUCCUUAUAUUCUAAUGAUAAUGAUGAACGAUAUUGACAAGUGUGGCUGAAAAUAGUUGUGAGGUAGGCAGAAGGCUAGUGGGUCAUAAAGAAGUGCUCUCAUGGUAGUGUCUGUGUGUGUCUUCUGUUGUCUCAUGAUGACUUGUCUUACUGCUGUAUGAUAAGGAAGGUUUAACCCCUGUCUUUCUCUCGCUCGCUCCCCAGCCCACAUUCCAGCACUCCUUCCCUCAUCAAUAAUGGAUAGAAAGAUCACAAUCCCCUCUUCCUUUCUUUCUCGCCGCUCUGUCGUUCAUAAUGAAUGAAUGAGGGAGGGGUGACAUCCUGGCCAACACCUUUGUUCUUACGCUCCAUCUCUUCAUGUCACUCUCUCGCUUUCUCUCCCCCCCUCCCUCUCUCUCUCGCUUUCUCUCCCCCCUCCCUCUCUCUCUCAAUCCUGACCUGCCACACACACUCUUUCCUCUUCUGUGUCAUAGAGGAUACCCCUGCUCUGCCCCUCCUCCUCUCUCCCUCCGCCUCUCUUCUCUGCAGUGUUGUUUUUUUCUUCUCUUCCUCUUUUAAUGUCUUCUCUUAAAUUGUCAGCCUGCUGACGCCAUCCUCCUCCUCUCUGCUCAGCCCACUCACUCCUGUGGGACACGCUCAGCUCUGACUCAUUCGCUCCCUCCCUCCCUCCAUCUCCCUCCCUCCCUCCCUCCCUCCCCCUCCCUCCCUCCCUCCCUCCCUCCCUCCAUCUCCCUCCCUCCCUCCCUCCGUCUCCAUCUCCCUCCCUCCGUCUCCAUCUCCCUCCCUCCCUCCCUUUGUCUCUCUCUCCCUCCCGCCAUCACUCUCUCCCUCCAUCACUCUCUCCAUCCCUCCAUCUCUCUUUCUCCUUCCAUCUCCCCCUCUCGUCUCUCUCUUUCUGAGACACACACUCACCCUCCUAUCGCUGUCCCAUUUUCUCACUAUUUCUCUUUUCGUUCUCUUUCUUUGCCCCUUUCUCUCACUAUCUCUCUCUCUCUCUAGGUUCCCUCCGUCUGUUUGACAGGACAUGUUGCUUUUCUAACCCUUCUCCUACAAUUUCCGCGGCCCUUUGGAAAUGUGAUUAAAAUCCCCAUCAAAAUCUGUCUAAGCAAGAGAGAUGGUUUUUUUUUUGCAUGGGCUGCGCAUCUGCGGUGAAAGGUGGCAGAGCUAGAUGUUUUCGUAACUGUUUGGCCUACAAACUAUUAUGAGACUAAAGAUGAGACUCUCACGAAGUCAUGAGACAGAUAUUAACAUUUUUCACACUAAUCAUCUAUGAGGGACUUUGUUGAGCUUGUCAAUCAAUUUGAGAUACUUUCGGGUUGAUUUGGACAUGCGCGAAAAAUGCUAAUAUCGGUCCAGUGAAUUGAAUGGGAUUAGUGCCACAAAUGCUAAAACGUUAGCAUUAAAACAAUUUUUUUACAUUUUCGUCAUUUAGCAGACGCUCUUAUCCAGAGCGACUUACAAAUUAGCAUGUGGAAAUAGUGCCAGGGAAACUAAACCAAAGUAUGGAUUGCUGUCAUACCUUGUCCAUAGACUGCUUGCAGGGUAAGGAAAACAAUAUAAUUUUGAAAUUUGAGUUAACUAUCCCUUUAAAGGAUGCUGUGUAGGCUAUUGUUAAUUAUUGCAAAUGUCUAGUGUUGACCAUUGAGACCAUUUAUGUCUUUUUGAAGUUUGAGCCCUGCUCCACCGAUGAUGCUAUAGUUUGUACCAUACUGUUGGCACUUGGCAGGCUGCAGGCAAAAUAGAGACAGUGAACUGGACAAAGCUUGCCGGGCUUCUCACAGAACCGGGCCAGUAGUGCAAUUGUGUUUGUGCUAAUGUGUGUGCGGGCGCUGGCACUGCCAUGUGUAGAUUUGUGUGCGUUAGAUGGACAAUUAGAAAGCUGUUAUGUGAUGUGGAUGAUUGGUGUCUCUUCCUGCUCUCCUCGGCUCUGUUCUCUGCAAUCCACAUAUUUAUUUAUAAAAUCAUCCUUCUUCCUGUCUCUCUCUCGCUCGCUCUAUCCCUCAUUCUCUCGCUCUCUCGACACCAAUGGCAGCAGCUGAUAAUUACGUCACCGUCUCCCUGGCAACUCUGAGCCUGUGAAAAAGGGAGGAAAAGCAGAGGGAGAGAGAGGAAAUGGUAGCUGAGAAUGGGCUGGCUGGCGUUGCCCGGUUCAUUCAUAGGCGCCUCAAUUUCACACUCAUUCAGUUUUUCUGGCAGAGAGCGAGAGCUAAGUGUGUGUUUUAGCACAGAAUGUCCCCCAUCUCCUCUGCCCCUCAGAGCCACAGUCUCUCAGCCAUGUUGUUCUCCACACUAAGAAUUACACAUUUGUUCUGCUCAGACCUUAUCUAGUCAUUUUGAUAAUGUUGACGUGUGUGUUUGUGUGUGACUGUGUGUGUGUGUGAGAGAGUUUUGCAGCGUGUCUGUGUCUCCCUGUCUCUCUGCGUAGGCUGUUCAGUGGUGCAGAGUUGUAUAAGCCGGGACUCCUCAGCGCUGAGUGCAGUUGGUUGGCAUUCAUCCGUGUGCGUGCCCUGGUCAUUGAUGCUGUGCGGCGCUGCUGUUGCCUCAGUGAUGACGAUCUUGCUGUGCCUGGGUCCUCCCCUGCUGUGGGAAUCCCUGCAUGCCAUACUGCCUCCUCUCCUCUCUGCUGCAGCCACACACACACACACACACACACACACACACACACACACACACACACACACACACACACAGGCUUCUGAUGAUGCCGGAGGAAACUGUGUUAAGCUGAAGAGUGUGUUUGUGGGACAGAUGGACAGUUUCUCAAAGCUUCCGGUGUUAGUCUGCCUAGCUGUGUUUUUGUUGUCGAGUAGUGAGAGCGCCGCCUGUCCUGAAGGUGUUAGCAGUAUGUUGUCAUGUUAACGUUAGUGGAGUGUUUUGUUUAUGAGUGGGAGCGAGAAACAUGCCGUCUCACCUGUGUCAAAACCUAAAGUUUCUGAAAACAAAUACUUUUUCAGCCCAGGUCUGCAAGUGGUCAUUCAUGCAUUGGCUGAAUUCAUACUUCCACAGUCAGCCCUAUAGCCUACUCAUCCCACGCUUUGAGCUGUGAGUCAGACUGGACCCAGUCAGAGAGCCGGUGUGUUGUAACUGUUGGUGACGUCAUUCUGUCUUCCUGUUUUCCCCAGGGGUCCUGGCUGGUGGAACUAUCUUCAACAUGCUGCUGCACUGAGACUCACAGACAGACAGACGGAAGGAUAGACGGACAGACAGACUGAUAGACCCAUUCAGCGGGUGUUCCCCCCCCCCCCCCCCUCCCCCCUCCUCCCACUCCUUCCCCGUGUCAGCUGUUUCUCCCCACAGCUACCUCCUCCCUGUACAGAACUUGCUAUGGAAUGCCCUCACCCAGCAGACGGGCACAGUCCUCUUUAGGACCCUCUCCUGGGUACUCACUCCAUAAGGAAUCAGCACAGCUGAUCACAGAAUCAGGUACUGUUCACUGUAUACAUUAACUACAUUGUCUGUGUCUCCUGAUUCCUACCAUGUUUAGGGUUUUCCUUGGCCCUAUACUGCAUUGAAACUCAGGACCAUUUAACGGAUCUAUCCUCUCUCUCUCCUCAUCUUAAAGUAGUCUCUGGAUCCUCCUACCCUCCACCCUUUCCUGAGAAGAUGUCUGUGAGCCUGGCUGGGGAGGAUAUCCAGAUGGAGGGUGAGAGUGGAAGUAGUGGAGUGCUCAAUGAGAUCAAUGAUGACUCCAGCAACAGAGGGAAGCUUUCCCCAUCCCCUGAGCCCUGCCAGGGGAAAGAGGGCAAUGGGGGCACUGGGGAGGGCAUGGAGGCAGAGGAGAGUGCCACACAUGACUCACAGGUAACUGACCUCCAGGCGACUUUCGUUGCAUCCCAAUAAUCUCUCCUUUCUCCCGAAGUGUGAACUUGUUCACUUUUCUUAAUGGAUUUGAAAGGAAAUGACUGGUAUAUGGAAAUGACUGGUAUAUGGAAAUGACUGGUAUAUGGAAACUCUAGUCCAUGCCAACAUCAUUAAAUGUGUGGGCAGUAGUGAACGAGUGCACACUUCAGGAGGAAGGCAAGAUUAUUGGGAAGCACCCUUUGCCUCCUCGGCACUGCACUAGAGUUGCAAUUUCUGGAAAGGUUUUUAAGGAAUACUACAGUCCAGAAUUGAAUGUCUAUGAAUUUUGUGGCUGUUUAGAUUACGACAUAUUCAUCCAUUUUAUAUUGGGAUGACAAAGUAUAUUUUCGCUGACAUGGGCUCAAAAUAAACUGCACUGAGAGGUAUUUUUCAGCUCUGUUUGAACUUAAUCUCCCAUCAUGCAUUGCGUCGUUGCUUACGGUCAUGAUGCGUGUGCUGCAAGCAUACGAAAGGAGUGUAGUGGGGGUGGUUUGGAGGGGUUGGAUGUGGUUAUGGUUGAGACAAAUUGCCCCUUCUUUGGAAUGACUGUCAUUAAAACAUUACAAACAAAUUGCAUGUUAUCUUCAUGCCUUGCUUGAAUAUUGAAUUUGAAGCAGAGGUGUCUAUCUAGCUAGCUCGAUUCACUGUAGUUAGCUGCUACUUGCUUCGUCUGGCUGAUUAGCUAGCUAGCGACUAUGCUGUUACCAGCCAAGCACUCCAAACUAGUUAGAUAACAGGUUAGACUGCAUAACUACAUAUAACAUGGCAUAUCAUCAUUUUAGUUUGCAAGAGUAUCUAGCUAGUUGUGUUUCUGCUUGCUGGAUGCAGGCAGCUGACUAGUAGUGCCUGCUUGUGCUAGCUAGCAGCAUAGCUAGCCAUUGUUAGCGAGCCACAUGGUCCAGUCAAAAGUAGCUAACUAGCUUGAAGCUAGCUAGCUAGUUUGUUGAAACAGUAAAAUAUAGCUAGCUGUGCUUCUAGUUUCAAACAUUAUCUACAUCUUAAUGUAGUAGAAAUUUCAGGUGUACAGUACUUUAUCAGCAACGUUAUAUUCCAUUUUGUGCAAAUCCAGUGGUUUCCCCUACCAGCUGUGCUUGGCGGGCUACACAGAGAAGCAGAACUGGUAGGCAGAAACCACUGGAUUUGCACAAAAUGGAAUAUAAGGUUGCAGAUAAAGUUAGUAAUUACACAAUGUCAUGUGUACAACAUCCAAAGACCUGCAUCACUAUACUGAGAGCUUUGCCGUUUCUAAAAGGACGUAUUUGGGUGUUUUUGGAGCCUUUGUUCAUGUUGUUCCUGAGCCCCCGUACUGCAGAACGAGCAAUGAGAAAGUAUAUUCCGGGUGCGGUAAGUAUGUCAAAACCAAGUGAAAUCGCAAAAAAAAAUGGCUUCUGGACCCUUCUAUAACAUGCCAUUUACAUCAACAAUAGAGAUUUGGUUCUAAAAUAGUGAACCAAUCCUUUCAAAACGAAAUGUUUUUUUCCCCCACUAAAAUACGGUUUUCACAUAAACGUUAUUUAACAUUGUAAAUCAUAGGAAAUAGUCGUUUUGAGUGUAGCUAGUAUUCUUAGUAUUACCACAUUUUCUCCCCUUGCAGAGAAGGGCUCAGAACCACGGCCAUGGGAGGAAAAGGGCCAGGGUAAGAACUGCAUUAUUCUGUCUGUUGCAUUGUUGUUGUUGGUGUAAGUUUGCAUAUCAUGAUCCCAAUCCAGUCCACCCGUUAGAAAGGGUCAUUCUUACUAGCCCUAGUAUCCCCAGAGUUCGUUCAUCUUAGUGAGCAGGUUAGAUAGACCAGGAGAAUUCGCAGAGGUGAGGCCUGCCAAUCCAUGAGCUCAGCUUACCUAGUGUAUUUAUGGAAGUCAGCUUUUGUGUGUGUGCACUCAGUUUACAUGCUAAUAGGAUAAAACAUGUUCUCUUACCUUGCAUCUAAUUUCUGUCCACACACACACACACACACCUUGCAGCUGGGUCUUUGCAGCAAAACCACACUCCCUCUGUCUGUCACGACUUAAUUUCUAGUGUAGGCUUCAUCAUGACAUCAUCUUCUCUCUCACUAGAUAGGGACGAUGCCAAGUGAGCUAGCCCUUCCACCAAAUGAAAUCCUUCCCAACGUUUGGAUAAUGAAGUCUAUACAUCUCAAAACGAUCAUAUGCAUGUCUGCUAGCGCUGAGCUAUUUAGUGCUUUUUGUGUUUGGGAACACCAAUCAAUCAAUUAGAUGUAUUGUCGGAUAGACGUACAGUGCAUUCGGAAAGUAUUCAGACCCCUUCUCUUUUUCCACAUUUUGUUACAGCCUUAUUUUAAAAUUGAUUAAAUAAAAAUUUUUCCCUCAUCAAUCUACACACAAUACCCCAUAAUGACAAAACAAAAACAGGUUUUUAGAAAGCAAUCGUGGGAGAAGUGCUUUGGUCAGGGAGGUGACCAAGAACCUGAUGGUCACUCUGACAGAGCUCCAGAGUUCCUCUGUGGAGAUGGGAGGACCUUCCAGAAGGACAACGAACUCUGCAGCAUUCCACCAAUCAGGCCUUUAUGGUAGAGUGGCCAGACGGAAGCCACUCCUCAGUAAAAGGCACAUGACAGCCCGCUUGGAGUUUGCCAAAAAGCACCUAAAGGAUUCUGACCGUGAGAAACAAGAUUCUCUGGUCUGAUGAAACCAAGAUUGAACUCUUUGGUCUGAAUGGCAAGCAUCACGUCUGGAGGAAGCCAAGCACCAUCCCUACGGUGAAGCAUGGUGGUGACAGCAUCAUGCUGUUGGGAUGUUUUUCAGCGUCAGGGACUGGGAGACUAAUCAGGAUCGAGGGAAAGAUGAACGGAGCAAAGUACAGAGAGAUCCUUGAUGAAAACCUGCUCAGGACCUCAGAUUGGGGUGAAGGUUCACCUUCCAACAGGACAACGACCGUAAGCACACAGCCAAGACGACGCAGGAGUGCCUUCGGGACAAGUCUCUGAAGGUCCUUGAGUGGUCCAGGCAGAGGCCUGACUUGAACCCGAUCUAACACAAUUUAAUCAAUUUUAGAACACGGCUGUAACUUAACAAAAUGUGGGAAAAAGUGAAGGGGUCUGAAUACUUUCCGAAUGCACUGUACCUAAGCAACUGUCUAUCCCUCUCAUUCAUGAAGCUUUUUGUCACUCCUUUCCUCUCUGUGUCUGUCUGCUGGCCCCACAGGCUUGCCCAGGCAAGAACCAAUAAGAACAGGCAGCUAGGUGCAAUGGAUUCUGGUCAUUGUAGUUAAUCACCACGUUUUAUGCGCUAAACUAUGAAUAUUGGCCUUUUGAAAACUACACCUUCCUGCAAUGUCAGUUUAUGCUUGGUUUGAUUUCUACAGAAACGGCACGUUGAGCUCACAAAAAAAAGAACUAAAUGGAAUUCAAAUAAUUGAGCCGACGUACACUACCGUUCAAAAGUUUGGGGUCACUUGAAAAUGUCCUUGUUUUCGAAAGAAAAGCAAUUUUUUUCUCCAUUAAAAUAACAUCAAAUUGAUCAGAAAUACAGUGUAGACAUUGUUAAUGUUGUAAAUGGCUAUUGUGGCUGAUUUUUUAAAAUGGAAUAUCUACAUAGGUGUACAGAGGCCCAUUAUCAGCAACCAUCAGUCCUGUGUUCCAAUGGCAAGUUGUAUUCGCUAAUCCAAGUUGAUCAUUUUAAAAGACUAAUUGAUCAUUAGAAAACCCUUUUGCAAUUAUGUUAGCACAGCUGAAAACUGUUGUGCUGAUUUAAAGAAACAAUAAAACUGGCGUUCUUGAGACUAGUUGAGUAUCUGGAACAUCAGUAAUUGUGGGUUCGAUUACAGGCUCAAAAUGGCCAGAAACGAAGACAUUUCUUCUGAAACCCGUCAGUCUAUUCUUGUUCUGAGACGCCUAUUCCAUGUGAGAAACUGAAGAUCUCGUACAACGCUGUGUACUACUUCUUCACAGAAGAGCGCAAACUGGCUCUAACCAGAAUAGAAAGAUGCACAACUGAGCAAGAGGACAAAUACAUUAGUGUCUAGUUUGAGAAACAGACGCCUCACAGGUCCUCAACUGGCAGCUUCAUUAAAUAGUACCCGCAAAACACCAGUCUCAGCGUCAACAGUGAAGAGGAUGCUGACCUUCUAGGCAGAGUUGCAAAGAAAAAGCCAUAUCUCAGACUGGCCAAUAAAAAGAAAAGAUUAAGAUGGGCAGUCUUUUUUUUUGCAACACUGCCUUUAAGGUCAGCAUCCCGGAGUCGCCUCUUCGCUAUUGACAUUGAAACAGGUGUUUUGCAGGUACUGUUUAAUGAAGCUGCCAGUUGAGGACCUGUGAGGCGUCUGUUUCUCAAACUAGACACUCUAAUGUACAGUUGUGGUCAACAUUUUUGAGAAUGACACACAUUAAUUUAUUUUCUCUGAUGAAUCCCCUUUCCGAUUGUUUGGGGCAUCCGGAAAAAAGCUUGUCCGGAGAAGAAAAGGUGAGCGCUACCAUCAGUCCUGUGUCAUGCCAACAGUAAAGCACCCUGAGACCAUUCAUGUGUGGGGCUGCUUCUCAGCCAAGGGAGUGGGCUCACUCACAAUUUUGCCUAAACACAGCCAUGAAUUUAGAAUGGUACCAACACAUCCUCCGAGAGCAACUUCUCCCAACCAUCCAAGAACAGUUUGGUGACGAACAAUGCCUUUUCCAGCAUGAUGGAGCACCUUGCCAUAAGGCAAAAGUGAUAACUAAGUGGCUCGGGGAACAAAACAUGGACAUUUUGGGUCCAUGGCCAGGAAACUCCCCAGACCUUAAUCCCAUUGAGAACUUGUGGUCAGUUAAUUGACAGCAUGCCAGGGCAGAUUGUAGAGGUCUUGAAAAAGAAGGGUCAACACAGCAAAUAUUGACUCUUUGCAUAAACUUAAUGUCAUUGUCAAUAAAAGCCUUUGACACUUAUGGAAUGCUUGUAAUUAUACUUCAGUAUACCAUAGUAACAUCUGACAAAAAAUAUCUAAAAACACUGAAGCAGCAAACUUUGAAGACCAAUACUUGUGUCAUUCUCAAAACUUUUGACCACGACUGUAUUUGUCCUCUUGCUCAGUUGUGCACCAGGGCCUCCCACUCCUCUUUCUAUUCUGGUUAGAGCCAGUUUGCUCUGUUCUGUGAAGGGAGUAGUAAACAGCGUUUGGCGAGAUCUUCAGUUUCUUGGCAAUUUCUCGCAUGGAAUAGCCUUCAUUUCUCAGAACAAGAAUAGACUGACGAAUUUCAGAAGAAAGUUAUUUGUUUCUGGCCAUUUUGAGCCUGUAAUCGAACCCGCAAUUGCUGAUGCUCCAGAUACAGUGAGGGGAAAAAAGUAUUUGAUCCCCUGCUAAUUUUGUACGUUUGCCCUCACUGUACUCAAUUAGACUCAAGAAGGCCAGUUGUAUUGCUUCUUUAAUCAGCACAACAGUUUUCAGCUGUGCUAACAUAAUUGCAAAAGGGUUUUCUAAUGAUCAAUUAGUCUUUUAAAAUGAUCAACUUGGAUUAGCGAAUACAACUUGCCAUUGGAACACAGGACUGAUGGUUGCUGAUAAUGGGCCUCUGUACGCCUCUGUAGAUAUUCCAUUAAAAAUCAUCCGUUUCCAGCUACAAUAGCCAUUUACAACAUUAACAAUGUCUACACUGUAUUUAUGAUCAAUUUGAUGUUAUUUUAAUGGACCAAAAAUGUUUGCUUUUCUUUCGAAAACAAGGACAUUUCUAAUGGACCCCAAACUUUUGAACGGUGGUGUAAAUAAGCCGACAUUUCGGCUAACCGCUCAGCACUGUCUGCAUGCAGCUUCUUUACGCUACAAUAUUUAAUAUAUGUUGUCAAAUAUUUACAGUGUGCAAUGUGUUUGGUCUAUAAGUUUCUCCAUUCAUGUGUGUGUAAUAGUCCAAUGCCAAGCUGAAGCUGGUGAGGAGCCUGGCGGUGUGUGAGGAGUCAUCAGGUCCGUUCUGUACUGACGGACCUCCAGACCAGGACAUCAUCCAGCUACCACAUCAGCUGCCCAUCAGACAAGGAGGAGGAGAAGUCCUGUAAGGAUGAGAAUGAGGAAAUGAACACGGACAAGACUCCACGCAAGAUGCUUUCACGAGGUAAGCUGCUUUCCUAGAAAGAAAAAAAAGUUAUCCAUACAAUGAAUAAUCGGUUCAGGAGUUAGGGUUUUUGAAAGGGAGAGCUGAAGAGGGAUAUGCAGGGAGUAUUUGUAUUAUUAUUAUUAUUAUUAUUAUUAUUAUUGUUAGGGAAAGGGUGUGUAAAAAAACGAUCUGCCAUUCGUGUGUGUUCAGAAACAACACACUGUGAGCCAAGCAGUCUUCCAGCCUUUCUGCUGCUAGACUCUGACCCCUCUGACCGUGUGUGUGCCUGCACACGAGCGUGAUGUGUACGCUAGCGUGGUGUUUGUGUGUAGCAGAAAAGAGUUGACAUAGAAACGAUCCUCUAAGUGCGUUCAGAAACAACACACCCUCUCUGACCCCUCUGACCGAUACUUUGUGUGUGUGUGGAUGCUCCUGAUUGCGUGCGUGCGGUUUGCAGAUGGUGCGUGUGUGUGGUGUCAUUUCUGGAGGUAUGUUAAGCCUUCUGUCUCUUUCCCUUCCAGACUCCAGCCAGGAGUACACAGACUCCACCGGUAUCGACGUGCAUGAGUUCCUGGUCAACACACUGAAAAACAACCCCAGGUAACACACACACACACACACACACACACACACACACACACACACACUUAAAAACAACACGAGGUAUGGCAAGGGAGCCUUAUUGAUCUCCUAUCACAGCCACAACACUCAAUGGCAUCUAGAUGUAGUCUGUGGCCAUCUGAGCCUGUAGUUCUACCAGUAAUGGAAAUGGAUUGAGAAACUCUGCUCUCUAAGGGCCGAAUCUUAAUUUGAGAUUUCCGUGAGCAACUCAAGUUUUCUUCUAACUCAAAUCUUCUAUCAUCAAUGCAUGAUUUAAGUGAAAAUCCAAGUUAAGUGCACAGAUCUCAAGUUGGGUUCUGGCUCUAAGCGAAUGCUGCUGCAGCUGUAGUAAUCCUGUGGUGGUCUGGACUACAGUAGCUGCCUAGCCUCUGUGAGGACGGAUUGCUGAAGUAUUCACUGCGAUGAAAUGAGCCUUUUGAUCUUUGUAUGAGUAGUUGGAACUCUCUUUCUCUCUCCCUCUCUUUCUCUCCAACAGGGAUCGAAUGAUGCUGCUGAAACUAGAACAAGAUAUCCUGGAGUUUAUUAAUGACGACAAGUGAGUGAGACACAUUCCCUAUAUAUAGUACACUAAAGUAGCGCACUACAAAGGGAAGAGGAUGUCAUUUGGGACGCCUACACAUUCUCUACUACAACUCAACUCACUCUACUUACAUUUUAGCUUUCUAUGUCUGUCCGUCACAGUAUAUUUAUUGAUGGUAUAUUGUGCUGUAGUUGGUAUAUCAGUAUGGAAAAUCAGCCUGCAACUCUGUGUCCCCCUGUCGAUGGGAUGGUAUCCAGGGUUGGAAAUGAACACCUGCCAAAUGCGGGUAGAUUUUGUCAUUGGCGGGUAAGAAUGUAUAUUUUACCAUCCACGCUGGCGGCUGGUCACACGGACCAUUUGGGAACAGUUUUAUUUUUAUUUUUUUUAUAAUCCAAAGGCCACAUGUAGAAGAAGUUGGUCAAAUUGACAAGUAAGGCUACUAAAAUGGGACUUUGUCCUCGUGUUUCAUGGCCAGUUACAUUGUUUUGUUCACAUGCUAGGUUGUUGUUCAAUGUUAGUUUGAGUUUGCUGCAACUGUCUGCUGCUAGGAAGACAUCACAGUCUAAGAUUUUUUUAAAUCACAGACAAGCGAGUGCCCAAGUUACCAUGGUAACUGCCCGUCCCUUAAAGGGGCAGGUGAAAAUGUUUGGUCUCACCUAAUUAUUGUGCUUGAUUUAGCAUGGAUCACUCCUAAAAACUUUUAUUCAUGAACUUUUUUAGUAAUUUCUUAUCAUUAAAACACUCAAAUACUUUUGUUCUCCUAGAUGUAUUUGUGUGCUUCUAUAUUUCUACUCGGGAGCACAUUAUGUACUCCUUGUAAAAAAUGUCCGCGUAAAUAAACCAUAUCACUCAGCCUUUUGUGGCAGGGUAGGCACUUUGUUGAUUCUUGAUGUUCAGUUGUAGAACUGUUUCUAUUUUUACUAUUGUAUCUAAAUUAUUUAUUUUAACGUACUUUGGUUAAAAGACACAGGUCACAAAAAAUUUACCACAUUACUACUUACUAGUAAUACAUUUAUUGUUUUAGAAAAACAGAAAGCAUGGUCAUCCGUAUUUUUUUUGUGUGUAAAAAAAUCAGUGACUGGUAGAUUUUUUUUAUUUUUUUCUAUCUACCUGUCACAGUGGCUGGUGGACCAAAAAGUACAUUUUCCAGCCUGAUGGUAUCCUUACUCUCAUCUAAAGUUUAUUUUGUUGUGCGUGAUUAUCUAUUUUAUUUUGUGGACUAUUGUGUCAUCUUCUCCUCUCCCCUCUAGUAACCAGUACAAGAAGUUCCCCCAGAUGACAUCGUACCACCGCAUGCUGCUGCACCGUGUAGCUGCCUACUUUGGCAUGGACCACAACGUAGACCAGACUGGCAAGGCAGUCAUCAUCAACAAGACUGGCAACACACGCAUGUAAGUGGGAGAAUGGUAGAAGUUAGAGGACAAUGAGUGGAACAUAGAAGGAAAUGAAUGGAAGUUAGAGGACAAUGAAUGGAAGUUAGAGGACAAUGAAUGGAAGUUAGAGGACAAUGAAUGGAAGUUAGAGGACAAUGAAUGGAAGUUAGAGGACAAUGAAUGGAAGUUAGAGGACAAUGAAUGGAAGUUAGACGACAAUGAAUGGAAGUUAGACGACAAUGAAUGGAAGUUAGAGGACAAUGAAUGGAAGUUAGAGGGCAAUGAAUGGAAGUUAGAGGACAAUGAAUGGAAGUUAGAGGACAGUGAGUGGAACUUGUAAGACAAUGAAACACAUUAAAAAUAUAUAUAUGUUUACUUCUUCAGCCCAGAUCAGAGGUUCUCAGAGCACAUCAAGGAUGAAAGGAACUUGGACUUCCAGAAGAAGUUUAUCCUCAAGAGAGACGAUGUUAGUAUGGACAAGGACGAUAAUCAGGUGAUGAUAGACGCUUUUUAUUAUGUAGUGAUUAAAAUACUUAAUUAUUCCAAAUAUAUGUUUUAACGUAUUUCUUACUGUCUUUAGCUUUGUUGAUCUUUAUAGAACACGAUGCACGAGAUAUGAGAAGAGUGAAUAUCAUCUAUCCAAUUGACUCUAGUAUUGAUAACGAAUCGUUGUAUAAUAAAUCUGUUUUACCUUACACUUCUUGUAUUGUUGAGAAGAUGCUCUGAAUUGUAUUCAGUGACUACCACUUCUGUCCAAGAGGUUGCUGAUCCCACCCCUCUUUUUUCUCUUGUCCAAUCGCAGAUCCGUGUGCCGCUGCAGGACGGGCGGCGCAGCAAAUCAAUAGAGGAGAGGGAGGAGGAGUAUCAGAGGGUACGAGACCGGAUCUUCGCCCGAGAAGUAAGUCGUGGGGGACACUCAACAGUGAGGAUGGGCAGUUGACUAACUUGUUAACUUGUCCCCCACUCUGUCUGUUCCACUAACCAUUCCUCCCACUGUAUCAACUAACAGCUCAUUUUAAUAACUUAUGGGUGGAGAGAGAACGGGUUACUUCAUACAAUACAGCCUAUUCAUGUGGUAUAGAGUUAAAAGGCAGAGUAAUAAGUGAAGUCCAUAUUCUUGGAGGUCAUGAGUGAACCUUGGGUAACCUUGGCUAAUACAGUAUUUGACAGAAUUGACAUGAGUCAGUGUUCAUUGUCCAGGCAGUUGCAAAUGGGAAUAUGUUCUCAAUAAACUACCCGGUCCAAUUAUAGCUAAUAAAUAAAUCUAGUUCUGGGAUCGACUAGCUCUAGCUAUUCGUAAUUUACAGGUGUCUUUUCCUUUUCAGUCCUCUCAAAAUGGAUACAUCAACGACAACAGGUAAGCUCACGGUACAGUAUGCAUCACAGUGGAUAGCUUCAUGUGUGCACUUGUAAAGGGACCCCAGAGUAUGGAGUUAGUCCCCAGCCAGUUUACUCCCCUAGGUGGGUAGCAGAAGCAGUCAGGGGGCGGCCUGGUCACAUCAAGGCUCUCUAACCCUGUUCCAAACCCCCUGGCACCAUCAAACUAGGCCACCAAGUUACAUUUAGGUGUAUUUCAAGAGAUUUUAAAAGUUCACAUGCGAUAAUGCUGGCAAUAUAAUAAUUCUGGCAGUAUAUCAUAAGUUGAAGUUUCAAGGACCAGGGUUCGGUUUUGCCGAGUUGGAAUCAAUGAUGUGUAUAAACCCUGGAUUGCUGAUGAUAUGUAUGGGCCAUUGAGAGGCUUUGAAGCCACCGGUCAGCCAUAUUGGCACUCCCCAGCAGGAGCAGUCCUCCAUAGGAAUGAAUGCAAUUCUACAGUAUUUCAAUUAAAUGUUUCAAGGACUAAAUUAAAUGUAUUUAGGUAUUUUGUUGUUGUAGUGGGGACAGUAACAUUAGUUAUCUCUAAAAACUAUACUUUAAUGAAACAUUUUUUAUAUUUUUAUUUUAUUUGUAUGUUUAGCUCACAUAAUAUAAUUUAAAAGUAUGCAUUAAGGUGUUUGUAAUAGAUUAAAUGGCAAAAAACCAGAAUGUAGACAUUAAUAAAUGCAUUUCUAUAGCUUCCAAAAUAUUUUUUACAAUGGUAGGGGAGUUCCAAGAUGCAAGCCAUGGUGGCUUCAACACAGCGCCCCCUAGCAGUCAUCUAGUGUAUAUUUAAAUAAUUGGUUGGAAUGUGGGUUGAAUUGAUAUUCAUGUAUAGCUGAGAAUAUUUUUCCAAAUAUAUUCAAAAUGAAUAAGUACAGCUUUCAACCCCCCUCCAUUUCUGAUGGAGAUUAACGAUUAUUAAACAGAUGUGCUGAGAGAAGGAAAGAAGAAGGCAAACUUUGUUCCUUGUUUAGAGCUGUCAACAUUUCUGCUCUGUGUGCAUUAUUUCUCUGUUUUGGGGGUGGUUAGAUACAGUGCAGCACUGUUACCUACCUACCUACCUGGCCCCCUCUCCUAUACCCACCCACUAACCCCCCGGCAUUGCCUUUCUCUCCCUCCACUAUCACCCAACAGACUUUCCACUGAAGGCUACUCCUCUAGCUCUCAAAAGAGGAGGCAGAUUUUUAGGUACUGACACAAUCGGGUGACGUGUGACUCUAGCAGUCUGUGAUUGUGUUGCCGUACCCAUCUACCCUCUAUCUAGUAGUGAUUUUAUAUGACUGACUGGGUGCGUCCGGAAUGGCACCCCUAUUCCCUACGUAGUGCAUUACUUUCAACCAGAGACCUAUGGACUCUAGUCAAAAGUAGUGGACAAUAUAGGGGAUAGGGUGCCAUUUCAGAUGCAGCCACUGACUGUGGGUGUUCUUGCUUGACGUGGGGUUGGCACUGUGAGGUCCAAGACCUAUUGCAUGGCUGCUUUGUGGGUGGUUUUUCUGGGAGCGGGUACUACUUAUUUAUCUACCCGUCAUCAUCACUACUACAUAUUUUAUAGUACUGUACUACUGCAUUGCAUCCCCUCCCCCCCCACCCCCACCCCCCUAAAUCUCUGUUUUUGUUGAUUUGGUGGUUGUUAAUCUGGUUUGGUUUUGUAACCCCUUCUUUAUCUUUGUUCUGCUACUUGUACAGUAGUUGUCUCUACUACUACUGUUUGCGGUAUCCUAAGGAGAGAUCGCUCUGUGUUGGUUGUGAUCUGCAGCAGCGAAACAAUCACAAUGAAACGUCUUUAGCCGAUUUACCUCAGUAAUGUUGAAAAAGGGAUUUGAGGUAGGUUGUUAUUAGUUCCAUAGACAUUAGUGAUAGGAAGUUCGACUCUUUUUUUUUUUUUUACUGAUUCGGAUCUUUUCAACUCGUUCAUUCAAAAUAACGAAUCUUUCAACUAAUUUCGUUCAUUUGAUUCAGUAAUGCCGUGAGUGCGCGGGACCCCCUACCGGCGAACGACAAACUAAAAACUCGAAUUACUCAUGGUUCUACAAGCCUCUCGUUCACCAUAGGGGGCUUAUUGGAGCUGUCAUUUGUGACUGAGACACAAAAGUGUGCUUCAAACAAUGUACAUUUGUCAUUGCUAGGCGUACAAAUAGGAUUAUUUCUUGAUACCUUUGAAACGAGGUCUAGUUGUGGCCACAACCGGACUAGAUUGUAAACGACUUUUGGCAGAAUGACUUGAUUGCCGAGAUAAUUACAUAUCGUUCGAACUGCAGCAGCCCCCCAAAACAAUUUGUUCUCAAGUUUGAGUUUGUUGAGCAGGGGCAGGCUAUGGUUUGGUUCUGCAAAGCUGUGUCAAUCAAUAAUCUAUCAAUUAAUUAAAUACAUCAAUACUUGCCCAUAAGAUAAAUUAUCAGUUUUUCUUCUCUAUGCUGCAUGCAGCAUGAUCUAUUUUCCUGCUUGCACAUAUGAUAAACAGUUGGUGUUUGGAUCACGUCUCUGGAGCCGCUGGCCGGAGAAUAGCGUAUUAAUCCUGCUGUAGGAUUCAUUGUGAGCAGCAGAUCAAACAAACGACUAAAAUGAAACAAAUCUGAAUCCAGGUGCAAGCUAUGCUCCCUUAUUGAUGUCACUUAAAUCCACUUCAAUCAGUGUAGAUGAAGUGGAAGAUACAGGUUAAAGAAGGAUUUUUAAGUCUUGAGACAAUUGACAUGGAUUGUGUGUUUGUGUCAUUCAGAGGGUGAAUGUUGAAGAACUGGCUGCAUGUUGAAGAACUGUCCACAUUUUACUUUUCGUCAGCCAACAAGAUGAAUAGGCCUAACGAACAGCAAAAGCACUAGCCUAUGUCAAUCUACUAUCCCCCAUAGUACAAAAGUUGACCUAUUCUGUGCUAGAUAGAUCCCAAAUUAAUACAACCACUAGCAUCAAAAAACAUUUUUUAUGCAAUGAGGCUAUUUCUUCACAUUAUAAGCGCAGCAAUGCGCACACGGCAGUAGGCUAUAAGCGCGAAUGUUCCAUUAGCGGAAAAACACCAUUAUCAAAAGUGACCAUAAAUGCGAUUAUGCAUGUAAUGCUUUUAUUAUAAAGGUGCAUUGUUUCUUGCCUUACGCUGGGCAUCAUUCACAAGUGAUAGGCUAAUAUUGUCACCCAUCAGACUUUUCUUGAUUUAAUCUUUACAUAUACUAAAUAAUAUGUGUGAAAUUUGUUUGGAUUUAGAAUGGACCAUUAUCAUGCACCUGUCUCAAUCAGGGGCAGGGGGAAAAAAUACAUGUCAUCUAUGCACUUAAAUAGCAAAUGGAGGACGCUUUUCCGUGGUUCAUUUUCAUGCCAGCCAGGUAGGCUAUACUCCUGUUGUAAAGACAAGCAAUGUGCUUAAUAUUAGGAAAGUUAAGAUAUAAAUAUAGUAGGCCUAGCCUAUAGAAAGCUGAUGGGAUCCUCCUCUUUUUAAUAGAGGCCAUCACCCUGUUUUCUCACGUCAAUUGCAUAGCCUAUAGAAAUGUUGCGCAACAUGAGCUCAUGGGCUGUCAUGAAGUGUUUGAUUUCGAUUUUCCAUACAUUUGCAUUGAUGUCAGAGUGAUUAGAGGGACAAUAGAGUGCUGAGUACCAGGCAGUUAGCUAGUUUGGUAGGCUACUAAUGACCAUCAGCAGCAUCAGAGCUUGGAGAAGCCUAAUUACGUGACUAAACGGUCAUGUGGAAUUUGACUGCCUUUAUGACUUGUGACCUCUGGUGUGUCGGUAAUACGGUCACCGGAACAGCCCUAAUCCGGAGUAUGCAGAACGUCCUGAGCUGCAGACUCAUUGAAGUAGACGUUUUCAUCCAAAUCGAGGUUUGUGAUUGAUGUUCCGAUGUCCAGAAGCUGUUUUUGGUCAUAGGAAAUUAUGGCAGUACAUUAUGUACAAAAAAAGUUAAGAUCAGCUUUAGGCUAGCUCAGUCAUUUCUCAGAAUAUCUGGCACAGACGAGUUUAGCAGAAUUGGCCAUUUUGCCUGCCUUUGUUGUCUUGCAGAGAUAUAGCUUCUCAUUGUUCUGUGGUUAUUCCCCUCCAAUAGAGAACCACAGUAUUUGCAGUCAGCGCACCCCACUGUAUUUCAGUUUAGUUAAAUUUUCUUUUGUUAGUCAGAAAUCCAAGCAUUUGUUGUCAGCAUUUUAGGUGAUAUCGCUGAAUAUUCGAACACUGUCAUCACGUUACUGUCCCAAACCUGCAUUUGUCAAUUUUUUGUGAAGUGCAAUGCAUUAAAAUCCGUAUUUGAUUAAGCUAGAAAUAAGAAAAAGUAAGCUGUAGGAUGUAAACAGCGACGGUGAGCCGAUGACGGGGUUGUAUAGUAGGUUAUGACAAGUUGAUAGCUUCCUGGUCAUCGCUGGAUGCAUUCUAAUAAUGCCUGGUGUGAUUAAUUAUUUUGGCAGUAGCCCUUACCCAGGGUGACAGCACUAUGUGACCUUUGCAACGAGACAGUGUGUUUUUAUCGUAGACGUUAAAACCAGUAGAUAGUGAUAGUGCUGACGUCAUCCACGUAUUCCUAUGGAAAACUCCCGAUGGCGCAUGAAGCCGGAAGUAUUUGAAUUUGAAGCGCGCCAUAUUGAUGAAUGGGGCUGAAUGGCACCAAAAAAUCACUAAGGAUCAUGGCGAAGGAGGCCAAAACUAGCGAAGGAUCAUGGUCGACGUAUUCUUUUUCAUCCUGCCUGAGAUAGUCAGCAUUGACGUCUAUGGCAUGAGGGCGUGAGCCUCCUCGUAGCCUGCCGGCCCGUGAUUGGUCUGUCAGUACGUGGAACUGUGUGAUGACAAAUGUAGUAGUCACAAUAGAUUCCUAUUUAAUAAUAAUAGGCACCGCUAGGUUGCUACACAGUAGCCGACCAGCAGAGCUUGUGACUUCACCCUUCAGACCGGACCCUGGGGGCCUGGUUUCUAUAUACAACACCAUAGUUAUAACAAUGAAGUGAUGGUGGGGGGGGGGGGUGGUGGUGACAGUGGUUUAUUUUGUGUGUGUGUGUAUCUAUGCGUGUUUUGUCCAUUGUAAAGAAUCCAUAUAGUCUUAGUGGUGUGUCAGGUGUGCGUUAUGGAACUUGUCUCACUCACUCAUUCUGCUGUCCUUAUGGCUUUUCUUCCUUUGUUCGUUCACCUUGGUGUUGAUUUGGAAAAAGCAUCGGUCAUCUGCAUGUGUGUUUCUCUGUGUUGGGUGUGUGCUGGUUGGGUGAGGGUGCACUACAGUGUGUGGUGGUAACUGUUUGGUUUGUUGCCUGAAUUUUGGUUUUACCAGCCAGUCAACACCUUUUUGUAUUUUGGUUUAUUGAAUGCCCCAUAUUCUCUCUACAUGUCAAAGUGUAUGCUCUUAACCUGUUGCUGAUCACCCUGUGCCUCUGUACCCCAUUUCUCUCUCCCACCCUCUUUCUCUCCACCUCUGUUCCUCUCCCUGACCCCCUCUCCCUCAUCUUUCCCUUUCUCCUUAUAUCCUUCUCUACUCUGCCCCCUUCACUCUUUCUCUUCUCCCUCUCUUCCCCCUCCCCUCUCCAGGGGUAACCGUGAGAGCUCCAGCCGUGCUUCCAGCAGCCGCCAGAGCAGUACGGACAGUGAUAUGAAGUGCCCGGAGCCGAGGCCCUGGAGUAGCACAGACUCAGACAGCUCCAAUAGGACCCUCCGGCCCCCGGUCACAAAGGCAUCCAGCUUCUCUGGCAUCUCCAUUCUGACCAGAGGAGAUAGUCUGGGGAGUAACAAGAGCUCACAGGGCUCCUGCAGGGGCUCACGCACUGGUACGUAUUUUACGGCGCACACACACACACACACACACACACACACACACACACACACACACACACACACGAGCAUCUCCAUACUGACUAGAGGAGACAGUCUGGGGAGUAACAAAAGCUCAUAAAUCGUAGAGGAAAGGAAUGCUGAGGUGAGUGCAGAAAUGUUGAGGAACAGACAUUGCGGUUUCUGUAUAACUUUGUUUUGACUUGUGUUGUCUUGUUAUCUCCUGCAGGUCUGCCCCUGGUGAGUCCAGACGGGUGUCCUCAGCCCCCAGCUCCCCAGCCUGGCCCCUGCCCUGGGGGUCGCAGUCUGUUACCCUGCCCCUCCCAACAGCCCCAGGUCCAGACCCAGCCUCCCCAGACCGCCCUGCUGCCCACUCCACAGCAACACCCCAUGGGCAACCACAACCAUAAUCACAACCACAUGAUGGCUCAGGUGAGAGAGAAGCUCAUGUCACAAACCCUUUUUUUUUAUUUAAAUACCUGGUGAUUUAAAUGCUGUUUCAGUUUAGAAAAAAUAAACUGCAAAUGGCUAUAUUCCUGCAUUUUUCCUCUUUUGCCCAGUAACUGCCCUCGGUUUCCUAACCUAAACUCUGUCUCCAUCUCCUCCUCCUCCUUCUCCCACUAUCUGUCCCUCUGUUAGCCGGUGGGGUCUCUGCAGCCAUCUCAGCCUGUGUCCUACUCCUCCUCCUGUCCCCAGGUUCUGCUGCCUGUCUCUCCUCCCCAGCAGUACAUGGUACUUCUACCAUCCUGUCUCACUAUAUACAGUGGGGUCUGACAUUAUUGACACCCUUGAUACACCAUGAACACAGGCAGUUUGUAAGGCUGUUGGUGUAAAUGAGGAAUUAUCAUGUUGUUACAAUGUCAUUAAUCUAAUGACUAAUAGUGAUUGUUUGUGUGACUGACAGUGAGAAAGGCAAGGUAUGGAAGGCUCAGUUGCAGUGGAGUGUUCUGUAGUCAUAAUACACUCACCGUCCAGUUUAUUAGGUACAGCACCCCGUUCACAAAAAUGGAUGAGUCACGUGGCCCUGGCUUGUUAGAUAAAGCAGGCAGAAUGCAUUGAGGCAUUCAGUUGCUGUUCGAUUGAAUGUUAGAAUGGGCAAAAUGAGUGAUCUUUGAGCGUGCCACGACAGUGUUUAGGGUUUACCGAGAAUGGUGCGACAAACAUAAAAACAUCCAGUCAGCGGCAGUCCUGUGGGCGAAAACAGCUUGUUGAUGAGGGGUGGAAGGAGAAUGGCAAGAAUCGUUCAAGCUAACAUGCGGUCCACAAACAGACAAAUAACAGUGCAGUACAACAGUGGUGUGCAGAACGGCAUCUUGGAACGCACAACUCGUUGGUCCUUGUCACAGAUGGGCUAUUGCAGCAGACGACCUCACUGGGUUCCACUCCUAUCAGCUAAAAACAAGAAGAAGCAGCUCCAGUGGGCACGUGAUCACAAACAUUGGACAAUUGAGGAGUGGAAAUACAUUGCCUGGAACAUGACAGCAAGUUCAGUUUACUGGCCUGUGCAGUCCCCAGACCUCAACCCAAUAGAGCAUCUUUGGGAUGAGAUGGAACUGGCUGUUCGCAGCAUGAAUGUACCGCCGUCCAAUCUGCAGCAACUGCGUGAUGCAUGGACCAACAUCCUUGUGGAACGUUUCCGACACCUUGUAGAAUGCCCCGAAUAAUUCAGGCUGUUCUGGAGGCAAAGGGAGCUCCGACCCGGAACAAGAUGGGUGUGCCUAAUAAACUGUAUAUACGGUGGUGUCCAAAAGUAUUGACACCCUUGAUAAAGAUGAGCAAAAAUGGCUGUAAUAAAAUAAAUAAUUGAAAUACUGAGCUAUAUUGUAUGUGCACAUGUUUUGUUUAUAUAAUUAUUUUAUACAAGUACUCAGAGAAAGUAAUAAACAAUUCACAAAAUGGUAGGUGUCAAAAUUGACACCCCUGUUUUCAAUACCUUUCAAUACCUCACCUCACCUUGCGAGGAUAGUCUUUUUCUAAAAUGUUUUAUGAGUUGAACACAUUGGGAGGGAUCUUAGACCAUUCCUCCAUACAGAAUCCUUCCAGAUCCUUGAUAUCGUUCAUGAACUUUACCCAGUAUUGUUACCGUUUUAAACACACCAGUAACUCUAACCCCUCGUCUCUCUCUCUCAGGGUGAGGAGCUGGCUCCCCAGUUCAGCCAGAUGACUCUGAGUAGACAGGGUUCCAGCGAGGCUCCGGAGCCCCCCACCAUGUACCAGACCCAGGGGCCCACUGUCCUCACCCAGCACCCCCCACCCCAGACUGGCUACAUCAUGGCCACCACAGGCCAGCCCCUGGCCCCUCUGUCUGGCUACCAGCCUAACUCUGGACACCCCCACCCCCCUCCUCUUCCACCCCCUCCCUCCCAGACCGUCAUGCAGCCCCCUCCACCGCCGCAGGGAUACAUGCAGCCGCCUCCCCCGCAACAGGUAUUAUUUAAAAAUUUUUGCAAUCAAUCACAUGUUUGUAAAGCCCUUUUUACAUCAGCAGUUGUGCACAAAUAGAAUGAAUACAGAGCAGAAGUUGGAUAUAAGUUGCAUUUCCACGAGUUACAGACUGAGAGUAUACACACAGCUUGAGAAAGGUAGAGAGAGUCAAACACUUUGGUUAGACAACUUUACCAUCAAAUGUGAGAAAGUGUCAAUGGUGUGAUUCCUGUGAAAUCGCGGCGGGAUUCACACGGCGGUGGUGUGCGCUCUAUUCUCUCUCUCUCUCUCUCUACUCUACCUCUCUACCCCUCUCUCUUCUCAUCACACUGCCCUCCAGCUGAGUCAGUAAUGAGGCGCUUGGAGCCAUAAAAUAUUCAUUUAUAUUCUGGAGGAGAAAACCUCCACGUCAUUGACCCUGCACUAGGGGGGUGGGAUAAUGCCCAAGUAGGAAUUUGGCAAAUAGCUGCACUGAUGUCUUUUACUGGCUUUUGUGAGGAAGUGGCAGUUCUAGUUCUUUUAGCACUUUGUGAGGUAGCUGGUGGCAGUGCUUUCACAGUAGGGAGAAUAGCAUGGGCAGAGUGAGAUUUCUGUAGAGCACUAGUGUUCCUGUAGUGUGCCCUUCAGGACAGCCACUAGCUAUAAGGCAGCAUGGCUCACAAAUGACAGAUCGGUCUCUUUCGUAGAGCUAAACAAUAGGGGGCUAACUCAGAUGGAGUCACGCUCGUAGGGGGGCAAGCAAAACACCCUACACCGCUUGUUGGAUGUGCAUACGUUACCUUCGAACUUCCAUUGUCCUCCAGCAGUUGAUUUCUAGUUUGCUCCUCUAUUCAUGCACCUUGGUUGGAAAGUUAAUUUUUCUACCUUCUAUGAACGAACUGACUGUGUAUUUCUCCCUCCCUCUACCGAACCCCUCCACAGAUCCAUGUGUCGUAUUACCCCCCUGGGCAGUACCCCAGCACGGGGCAGCAGUACCAGCCUGGACCCAUGUCUCACCAGGUGUCCUACCCUGCCCAGCACCCAGCUCAUACCCAGCACUCCCAGCCCAUGCCCCAGCCCACACAGCAGUCUGGUCAGUACCAUGCUGUCCCUCUCAUGUAACUAUCUGACUGUCUUUAAAGUGCUGUACAGUUUAAAUUACAUCCGACCACGUUCUCGUUCACACACCAAUUUCGAUUAAUCUACUUGGAUGGGGGUACCCAAUACAACCCCCGCGUAUCGUAAUGAUCCAUCCAGCCGUUUUUGAGAACCAAGUACCAGAUUUGAAUUAGGAUCAUUAUUCCGAUGUCAAAUUCCGAUUUUUGGGGCCAAACGCUAACUACAUUCCUACACUUCAUAUUAAAAUGAAGAUACACAGUUGCGUGAGAAUCUUAAUUAGAUCCAGUAGGGUGGGUGAAAAGUAAGCAGCUGGGGAAAGCCUGGACUCCUGUACACUGUGUGUAUCACUGUGUGUAUUUGCUGAAUAAACAUUUAUCAACAGUGUGUUGCGUUUCGGGCAUAGAAAACCUUCAUCAAGGCAUUGAUGACCGAAUCGCUGCCUACCUGAUUUGGCAACGCUGUAUACGGGAGUCCGUUCGGCCACCCAGUCAACACAAUCAACAGAAACAACACCAGAAAGGCUCAGAUGUCUAAAAUAAAUCUAAUUUGAUUUGACACAUGCGCCAAAUCCAACAGGUGUAGACUUUACGGUGAAAUGCUUACUUUACGAGCCCUUUCCCAACAACGCAGAGUUAAAAAGUACAAAAACGAAAUGAAAAAACAAGAGGAAAUGGUAACACAAUAACGAGCCUAUAUACAAGGAGUACCGGUACUGAGUCAAUGUGCAAGAGUACAAGGUAGUUGAGAGGUAAUAUGUACAUGUAGGCAGGGGUAAAAGUGACUAGGCAGUCAGGAUAGAUAAUAAACAGGGUAGCAGCAGGGUGAAGUGUGAAAGUGUGUGUGUGUUGGACUGUCAGGGUAGUAUGUGUGGGUAGAGUUCAGUGAAAACAAAGGUAACAGGGUCAAUGCAAAUAGUCCGGGUAGCCAUUUGAUUAACUGUUCAGCAGUCUUAUGGCUUGGGGGUUAGAAGCUGUUCCGGUACCACUUGGCGUUCUGGUACCGCUUGCCAUGCGGUAGCAGAGAGGACACUCUAUACCAGGCGGUGUCAGGAAGGCCCUAAAAAGUCAUAGAGGUCCUACCCUCUGUAGGGCCUUGUGGUCGAAUGCCAAGCAGUUGCCAUACCAAGCGGUGAUGCAGCCAGUCAAGAUGCUCUCAAUGGUGCAACUGUUGGACUUUUUGAUAUCUCUUAACACAAGGCUCAAGGUCAGCCAAAUAAUGGUUACCAGGAAUAAAUGGCUAUUUUAGUCUCCACAUUGUGUAGUUGGGGAGAACAGUACUGAUGCAAUGAGUCCUGGAAAGUUACCAUGAUUAUACUCAUAGGAACCUGAGCAUUAAGGCUGCAAGAAGCCUACCCCCUGCUAGACUGUCCUUUGCAACUUUUUAAGCUUCACCCCCUUGGCUUUAGGUGUACAGUAAUCCCUUGUUUAUCGCGGGGGUUACGUUCCGAAAAUGACCCGCGAUAAGUGAAAUCCGCGAAAUAGAAAACUUUUUUUUUUUACAAUUAGCAACUAUUACAUGUAUACAAAUACAGUGACUCACGUGUAGGCCGUUUCACUGCUCUUCAGACUGGGCCGCUGCAUCCUGACUGCGCUCUGCAGUGUUCUCUUCUUCUGAAGCCCGCGGUGCAGGUGUGUUUGUUCGGGAGAAGAACAUAGUGAUAGGCAGCUGUUGUCGCUCUUUUUUCUUCUUUGCAAAAAGAUCCUUGUACACCGACAUGCCACCAUCGAUUACGUUGGAGAACUGUAAUGAACGGCUCAUCAAAGGGUCCCAUUCCUCAGCUACUCGCUUAAGUUCAGUGGCCAUUCGCACCAUGGUUGCUAAGCGACCAAGCGUUAGUCCUUCCUCCUCAUUGACUGCUGCUGUCGUCCUUAUGUUUUUUUCCUCCUUCUUUAUGUAACGAACGGAAGAUUCAUUGAUUCCGUAAUGGCGAGCAACGGCUGCAUAGCUUUUACCUUCCCUUAGCAUGUCCAGAAGUUUAACUUUAUCUGAGAUAGGUAGCAUCUUCCGCCGUUUGGGCCCAUCCGCAGGUGCUUUUGUCGGUCCAGGCCGUUUCGUCGACAUUAUGGGUUUAGGAGAUGUUCGAAAUUACAAGAUAAUUUGGCCAACUUAAUGUAAAUUUGCCAAGCUGUUUUAUGUACGUACACAUAACUGCACGAGACGACAAAAUGAUAGCACAAUUCGUAGCAUGUUUUGAUACAAGAAGCGGGAGUGAGUUUUUAGCGAAUCAGAAUGCAGAGCACAAUGCACCAAAAAAAAAAAAAUGCAUUAUGAAAAUCCGCGAAAUAGCGAAUCCGCGAUAAGUGAACCGCGAAGUGGCGAGGGAUCACUGUACAUUCUUUUCUUUCUAGACAGCCUGUGUUAACAUGACCAUGACAUGUGCUAUGGUCGUCACCAGUAGGUCCAGGGGUAAUAGGAGUGCAGCAUCCCCAGAAUACACACACACACACACACACACACCUGUAUUAACACACUGCAUGUUGUCUCCAGCAGCUCUCCAGACCAUGAUGCCCAGUCAGCAGCCCCAGUACCAGGGGAUGAUAGGAGUACCCCAGCAGCCCCAGAACCAGGCCCUCCUCACCUCCCAGAGGCAGAGCAUACAAGGACAGGUGACAGGGAUGAUGGUCCAGUACCCACAGAUGCCCUCAUAUCAGGUACAGUAGGCCCUCAAUUCAAGUCAAUUCAAUACAACUUUAUUUAUCCUCUCAGGGGCAAUUAAGAAAGGCAAAUUGCCUGUCUGAAUUAUUCCUGAGGGGAUACAUAUAGGUAUAUUGAAUUGACAUGAAUUCCAUGCAUGAUGUCACUCUUAAAUCAUGCGAGUGUACAUGUACGUUUUCGAGUUCCUCAAGGCUCUGUUUUUAUUGAAUAUGAUACUUCUCUGUGAUGCGAUUCCUAGUGUCCGUUUUUUCCAGCUAUGUGGAUGAUAGACAGCUGGUACAGUUCAAUGAAUCAUGGUACAUGAACUACCACCCUUAUCUUGAUAAAAGUCGUACCCAAGUCUUGUCUAUUUAACAUGUGGAUCUAAAGAGGAGCAAGACAACUUCUCUCUUCGAUUAUCAAUAUUGAUUUCUUAUUUAGUUCAAAGACAAACCCCAGAACAUGCGUGAACCCCAAUAACCUUUUCCCAAGUCAAGUAUUCCACAGUGUCAUUACUUUACGCACUGUUCUGGCUAAGAGAUAUCUACAGUGUAUCACCUUCUACAUCUCCCCACCAGGUGCCGGUGGCCAAUGAGUCUCAGCAGGUGGUACAGCAGCAGUACCAGCAGCAAGUCAUGGUGCCAGUCAGCCAGUCUCUCCAGACUGUCCAGGGGGUACAGGGACCCAUGCCAGGCCAAGGCAUGCCCAUAUACUACAGCGUCAUCACCCCCACACAACAGAACAGCACAAGGUAGAUGCAUGAAAUAUGAUUUAUACACUGCUCAAAAAAAUAAAGGGAACACUUAAACAACCCAAUGUAACUCCAAGUCAAUCACACUUCUGUGAAAUCAAACUGUCCACUUAGGAAGCAACACUGAUUGACAAUACAUUUCACAUGCUGUUGUGCAAAUGGAAUAGACAACAGGUGGAAAUUAUAGGCAAUUAGCAAGACACCCCCAAUAAAGGAGUGGUUCUGCAGGUGGUGACCACAGACCACUUCUCAGUUCCUAUGCUUCCUGGCUGAUGUUUUGGUCACGUUUGAAUGCUGGCGGUGCUUUCACUCUAGUGGUAGAAUGAGACGGAGUCUACAACCCACACAAGUGGCUCAGGUAGUGCAGCUCAUCCAGGAUGGCACAUCAAUGCGAGCUGUGGCAAGAAGGUUUGCUGUGUCUGUCAGCGUAGUGUCCAGAGCAUGGAGGCGCUACCAGGAGACAGGCCAGUACAUCAGGAGACGUGGAGGAGGCCGUAGGAGUGCAACAACCCAGCAGCAGGACUGCUACCUCCGCCUUUGUGCAAGGAGGAGCACUGCCAGAGCCCUGCAAAAUGACCUCCAGCAGGCCACAAAUGUGCAUGUGUCUGCUCAAACGGUCAGAAACAGACUCCAUGAGGGUGGUAUGAGGGCCCGAUGUCCACAGGUGGGGGUUGUGCUUACAGCCCAACACCGUGCAGGACGUUUGGCAUUUGCCAGAGAACUCCAAGAUUGGCAAAUUCGCCACUGGCGCCCUGUGCUCUUCACAGAUGAAAGCAGGUUCACACUGAGCACAUGUGACAGAUGUGACAGAGUCUGGAGACGCCGUGGAGAACGUUCUGCUGCCUGCAACAUCCUCCAGCAUGACCGGUUUGGCGGUGGGUCAGUCAUGGUGUGGGGUGGCAUUUCUUUGGGGGGCCGCACAGCCCUCCAUGUGCUCGCCAGAGGUAGCCUGACUGCCAUUAGGUACCGAGUUGAGAUCCUCAGACCCCUUGUGAGACCAUAUGCUGGUGCGGUUGGCCCUGGGUUCCUCCUAAUGCAAGACAAUGCUAGACCUCAUGUGGCUGGAGUGUGUCAGCAGUUCCUGCAAGAGGAAGCCAUUGAUGCUAUGGACUGGCCCGCCCAUUCCCCAGACCUGAAUCCAAUUGAGCACAUCUGGGACAUCAUGUCUCGCUCCAUCCACCAAUGCCACGUUGCACCACAGACUGGCCAGGAGUUGGCGGAUGCUUUAGUCCAGGUCUGGGAGGAGAUCCCUCAGGAGACCAUCCGCCACCUCAUCAGGAGCAUGCCCAGGCGUUGUAGGGAGGUCAUACAGGCACGUGGAGGCCACACUCACUACUGAGCCUCAUUUUGACUUGUUUUAAGGACAUUACAUCAAAGUUGGAUCAGCCUGUAGUGUGGUUUUCCACUUUAAUUUUGAGUGUGAUUCCAAAUCCAGACCUCCAUGGGUUGAUACAUUUGAUUUCCAUUGAUAAUUUUUGUGUGAUUUUGUUGUCAGCACAUUCAACUAUGUAAAGAAAAAAGUAUUUAAUAAGAUUAUUUCAUUCAUUCAGGUCUAGGAUGUGUUAUUUUAGUGUUCCCUUUAUUUUUUUGAGCAGUGUAUAUAACACGCUUUGAACAGAUGCUAAAGUGCUUGAUAUUGUAUAGGAAGAACUCCGCUGCUCCCAACGUGUUGCGCACACCUGGGUGAUGCCACAGCAGACAUUUCGAGCUAGAACCCCAGAUAACUUGUUCUUAAUAAGUAUUAGUAACACUUCUCACUUCUAGAAUAACAAAAAUGCAAUAAAGUACACUUUAAAAACAAAAGCAUUACAUUAGAAUUUGUCUGAACUCCAGGAGCAGAGUAAUGGUCUGAAUCCAUCCAGGUAUGAAUUAAGUUGUUUAACACUAUCUGUAACAAGAAGUGUGCUGCCAGUGCGUCUAUCUGUAACAAGUUCUCCUGCUGACACGCCAACCGCUUGAAUGCACUCUAAGUGUUUGACAAUCAGAAGUCAUUACAAACUAUUGAAUACGAUAGAAACUCAAAUGACUGGCAUCAAUAAGCCACCUCUUUAACACUUUAAUCUGUAUUUCCUGUGACACACACACACACACACACACACACACACACACUUGCUGCUUUCACAUUCCUUCUACACGCUUGCUAAACAAAAUAUUAGCAUUGUAAUUGAAGCCUAGCAGACCGCAGCUUGUCGAUGUGAUAUGCCUACCGUUUGGAUGUGGAGGGCUGCCAAGUGCUUACACAGUGUGUGUGUCGCUGUGUGUGUGUGUGUGUGUGUGUGUGUCUCUCAGUCCAUCAGUGGGGUACCUGCAGCCCAGCUCCGAGCAGUACCAGAUGAGCCAGUCUCCGUCCCCCUGCAACCCUCAGCAGAUGCCGCAGCAAUAUUCAGGUGACAGUUAAUCUGGUCCACUCUGAAACCGAAGAAAGGCCACAUAGAGAUGUUUUCGGAAUUUGUUGAUUACGUCAAUCACCUGUGUUAGUACUGGCCUUGACAUAUAAGCCUAGACCAGGGUUGCGCCUAGGAGGUUGCAACAAACUGUACAUGGGCCAUGACAGAUAGAAAUGCCACAAACAGAGCUAUCAUGAUUCCUAACUCUACUUUCCUAACAAUACAGAAAGUCUGUUCUGCACUAUAUCUUUUUCAGGACACUUCACAAUAUUGUGUCCUACUAAAUGUGGCCUUGCCUGGGUUGAAGAACACUGCUCGACUGUGUAACUUCAUUCAACUUUGUCUGUGUGUGCUACAGGAGUGCCGCCCCCAGGCCCCGGAGUGAUGGUCAUGCAGCUUAGCGUCCCCAACGGACCGCAGCCUACCCAGAACCCUCCUCUGGUACAGUGGAACCCCUGCAAAUACUACAGCCUAGAGCAGAGGCCCAGCAAGCCUGGAGAACUCUACAAACCAGACAACACACAACAGGUACACUCUACCACUAUACUCAUACCUCUCUCACUCACAUACUCUCACUAACAUACAUUACAGCAUACACAUACUGUAUAGCAUUCAUAUAAAGGAUCCUUGAGGAGUUCUGACUCUGUCUCUUGGAGUUCUGACCCCCCCCCCCCCCCCCCUUUCCUCACCAGGCCAGUACCCAGAUGAGCAGUCCCCUGGCCUCCCCCACCCAGUCCCCCACUCUCUCCCCCUCAGGCAGCGUGAGCAGCGUCUGUCCUGGCCUCGGCCCCCUGCCCCUACUGUCACAGUUCCCUCGGCCCGGACCAGGGCCUGCGCAAGGUAAUAACACAUGGACACACACGCAGACAUGGAGGCACACAUGCAGUCACACACACACACACACACACACACACACACAGUCACGCUCGUGCACAUACAUGUGUAUAUACAGUGCUUUCGGAAAGUAUUCAGACCCUUUAAACUUUUUCCGCUUUUUGUUAGCCUUAUUUUAAAACAGCCCACUUGGAGUUUGCCAAAAGGCACCUAAAGACUCUCAGACCAUGAGAAACAAGAUUAUCUGGUUUGAUGAAACCCAGAUUGAACUCUUUGGCCUGAAUGACAAGCGUCACGUCUGGAGGGAACCUGGCACCAUCUCUACGGUGACGCAUGGUGGUGGCAGCAUUAUGCUGUGGGGAUGUUUUUCAGCGGCAGGUACUGGGAGACUAGUCAGGAUCGAGGGAAAGAUUAAUGGAGCAAAGUACAGAGAGAUCCUUGAUGAUAAACUGCUCCAGAGUGCUCAGGACCUCAGACUGGGGUAAAAGUUCACCUUCCAACAGGACAACGACCCUAAGUACACAGCCAAGACAACGCAGGAGUGGCUUCGGGACAAGUCUCUGAAUGUCCUUGAGUGGCCCAGCCAGAGCCUGGACUUGAACCCGAUCUAACAUCUCUGGAGAGACCUGAAAAUAGCUGUGCAGUGACACUCCCCAUCCAACCUGACAGAGCUUGAGAGGAUCUGCAGAGAAGAAUGGGAGAAACUCCCCAAAUACAUGUGUGCCAAGCUUGUAGCGUCAUACCCAAGAAGACUCGAGGCUGUAAUCGUUGCCAAAGGUGCUUCAACAAAGUACUGAGUAAAGGGUCUGAAUACUUAUGUAAAUGUGAUAUUUCCGUUUUUUUAUUUUCUAUAAAUUUGUAUAUUUCUAAAAACAUGUUUUUUCUUUGUCAUUAUGGGGUAUUGUGUGUAGAUUGAUGACGGGGGGAGAAAAACGAUUUAAUCAAUUUUAGAAUAAGGCUGUAACGUAGCAAAAUGUGGAAAAAGUCAAGGGGUCUGAAUACUUUCCGAAAACACUGAGUGUACAAAAUAUUAAGAACACCUGUGCGUUCCAUGACAUAGAAUGACCAGGUGAAAGCUAUGAUCCUUUAUUGAUGUCACUUGUUAAAUCCACUUCAAUCAGUGUAGAUGAAGGGGAGGAGACAGGUUAAAGAAUGAUUUUCAAGCCUUGACAGUUGAGACAUGGAUUGGUUACAGGGUAUGGUAGUAGGUGCCAGGCACUCCGGUUUGUGUCAAGAACUGUAACAUUGCACAUUUUUCACGUUCAACAGUUUCCAGUGUGUAUCAAGAAUGGUCCACCACCCAAAGGACAUCCAGCCAAUUUGACACAACUGUGGGAAGCAUUGGAGUCAACAUGGGCCAGCAUGGGCCAGCAUCCCAGCGGAAUGCCUUGGACACCUUAUAGAGUCCAUGCACGAUGAAUUGAGGCUGUUCUGAGGGCGGGCGGGCGGGGGGGGGGGGGGUGCAACUCAAUAUUGGGAAGGUGUUCCGAGUGUUUGGUAUACUCAGUGUAUAUGCACACUGUAUACACACUCUCUCACACACUACACUGACACUUUCACACAAAACCCAUAUCGUAUCUAUUGUGAUGCCUAUUCACCUUUAUGUAAAUAUACUGAACAAAAAUCUAAACGAAACAUGCAACAAUUUCAACGAUUUGACUGAGUUACAGUUCAUAUAAGGAAAUCAGUCAAUUGAAAUCAAUUCAUUAGGCCCUAAUCUAUGGAUUUCACAUCACUGGGCAGGGGUGCAGCCAUGGGUGGGCCUUGGAGGGCAUAGGCCCACCCACUUGGGAGCCAGUCCCAGCCAAUCAGAAUGAGGUUUUUCCCCAUCUAAAAUGACAGAGGCAGCUUAUGGUAGAGAAAUUAACAUUAAAUUAUCUGGAAACAGCUCUGGUGGGGCCUCCCGAGUAUCGCAGCGGUCUAAGGCACUGCAUUGCAGUGCUGGAGGUGUCACUACACAUCCGGGAUCGAUCCCAGCAGCCGGCCACGACCGGGAGACCCAUGAGGCGCCGCAUAAUUGGCCCAGCGUCGUCCGGGUAAGAGGAGGGUUUGGGAUGUCCUUUUCCCAUCGCGCUCUAGCGACUCAUGUGGCGGGCCGGGCGCGUGCACGCUGACACGGUCACCAGUUGGAUGGUGUUUCCUCAGACACAUUGGUGCGGCUGACUUCCGGGUUAAGCGAGCAGUGUGUCAAGAAGCAGUGCGGCUUGGCAGGGUCGUGUUUCGGAGGAUGUUUCUUGAGACAUCUGUGACUAAACUGCACAUUUUAAAGUGGCCUUUCAUUGUCCCCAGCACAACAUUUACAUUUACAUUUUAGUCAUUUAGCAGACGCUCUUAUCCAGAGCGACUUACAUGAGCAAUUAGGGUUAAGUGCCUUGCUCAAGGGCACAUCGACAGAUUUUUCAUCUAGUCGGCUCAGGGAUUAGAACCAGCGACCUUUCGGUUACUGGCACAACGCUCUUAACCACUAAGCUACCUGCCACAAGGUGCACCUGUGUAAUGAUCAUGCUGUUUAAAAAGCUUAUUGAAAUGCCACACCUGUCAGGUGGAUGGAUUAUCUUGGAGAAAUGCUCACUAAAAGGGAUGUAAACAGAGUUGUGCAAAAACAUUUUGAGAGAAAUAAGCUUUUUGUGUGAAUGGAAAAUGUCUGUGAACUUUUAUUUCAGCUCAUGAAACAUGGGACCAACACCUUACAUGUUGCGUUUAUAUUUUUGUUCAGUGAAAAUAAAUUAUUACAAGGUUGAAAUAACAUUCCUUUAUGUGCACGUUUUUGUUAUUAAUGUAUUCAUUAAUGUAGCCUAUUAGUAGGUUUAUGAAUAAAAAUGUUUAAUUUAUACUGUCUAUAAGGAAGGCAAUGGAAGGUAUUUAUUUUAUACAAUAUUCUGCCCAUAUUAAUAAAACAUUUUUAGGGCGUAAGUGAACCAAUAUAUGAGAGCCUUCAGACAGAUUUAAACAAGUUUUUAAAUGAGUUUCCCCACAGAAGAGAUAUGAGAGCCUUCGAGUUUCCCCACGACGGCGCCACCACCAGCGCGUUAUUCCCCAGCCAAUCGCGCAAGCGCAGACGAAAGAGUCAGCGAUAAAGGAGUUUGCUUCUCCUACAGCCUUCGCUGUAAAAUAUAAUGCGCUGCUUUGGUUAAGACGAGACCCUGGUUCUUGAUCUUUCACCCACUUCCACACUGGCCUGUUUAUGACCUUUCCAUUUGGUCUUUGGCCAGCCACCAAUAGGCCCCGAGAACCUGACCUUGCGUUACUCACCUUACCCUCAUGGCUGGCACUGACCCAGACACACACACACAUAACAUGCCCUCUCACUAGUGCUGAGCAAUUAGUGCUUUUUGAGGUCGAUUACGGUGCAAUCAUUUUUUUAAACAUGAAAUGCACUAUGCAUUAUGUGGGUAUAAUGCUGUAACAACACAGAAUAAAACAAUUAAUAAAAGUCACAUGAUGGUAGUGACUGCUCGUUACUGCUUAUUUACAUGUUGGUCAUUUAGCAGACGCUCUUAUCCAGAGUGACUUACAGUUAGUGAGUGCAUACAUUUUUUCAUACUGGUCCCCUGUGGGAAUCGAACCCACAACCCUGGCGUUGCAAACGCCAUGCUCUACCAACUGAGCUACAGGGGACUGGUUAUCACUUAUUAACCAUUUAUUCACAUUACUUUAAUAAAAUAUUUCAGUUGUGUAUAUUACAUUUGUUUUAUUUGAUGACUUUUUUUCAUUCCAAUUACUUUAACAUCUAUAUACAGUGAGGGGAAAAAAGUAUUUGAUCCCCUGCUGAUUUUGUAUGUUUGCCCACUGACAAAGAAAUUAUCAGUCUAUAAUUUUAAUGGUAGGUUUAUUUGAACUGUGAGAGACAGAAUAACAACAACAACAAAUCCAGAAAAACCCAUGUCAAAAAUGUUAUAAAUUGAUUUGCAUUUUAAUGAGGGAAAUAAGUAUUUGGCCCCCUCUCAAUCAGAAAGAUUUCUGGCUCCCAGGUGUCUUUUAUACAGGUAACGAGCUGAGAUUAGGAGCACACUCUUAAAGGGAGUGCUCCUAAUCUCAGUUUGUUACCUGUAUAAAAGACACCUGUCCACAGAAGCAAUCAAUCAAUCAGAUUCCAAACUCUCCACCAUGGCCAAGACCAAAGAGCUCUCCAAGGAUGUCAGGGACAAGAUUGUAGACCUACACAAGGCUGGGAUGGGCUACAGGACAAUAGGCAAGCAGCUUGGUGAGAAGGCAACAAGUGUUGGUGCAAUUAUUAGAAAAUGGAAGAAGUUCAAGAUGACGGUCAAUCACCCUCGGUCUGGGGCUCUAUGCAAGAUCUCACCUCGUGGGGCAUCAAUGAUCAUGAGGAAGGUGAGGGAUCAGCCCAGAACUAAACGGCAGGACCUGGUCAAUGACCUGAAGAGAGCUGGGACCACAGUCUCAAAGAAAACCAUUAGUAACACACUACGCCGUUAUGGAUUAAAAUCCUGCAGCGCACUCAAAGUCCCCCUGCUCAAGUCAGCGCAUGUCCAGGCCCGUCUGAAGUUUGCCAAUGACCAUCUGGAUGAUCCAGAUGAGGAAUGGGAGAAGGUCAUGUGGUCUGAUGAGACAAAAAUAGAGCUUUUUGGUCUAAACUCCACUCGCUGUGUUUGGAGGAAGAAGAAGGAUGAGUACAUCCCCAAGAACACCAUCCCAACCGUGAAGCAUGGAGGUGGAAACAUCAUUCUUCGGGGAUGCUUUUCUGCAAAGGGGACAGGACGACUGCACCGUCUUGAGGGGAGGAUGGAUUUGGCCAUGUAUCGCGAGAUCUUGGCCAACAACCUCCUUCCCUCAGUAAGAGCAUUGAAGAUGGGUCGUGGCUGGGUCUUCCAGCAUGACUAUGACCCGAAACACACAGCCAGGGCAACUAAGGAGUGGAUCCGUAAGAAGCAUCUCAAGGUCCUGGAGUGGCCUAGCCAGUCUCCAGACCUGAACCCAAUAGAAAAUCUUUGGGGGGAGCUGAAAGUCCGUAUUGCCCAGCGACAGCCCCGAAACCUGAAGGAUCUGGAGAAGGUCUGUAUGGAGGAGUGGGCCAAAAUCCCUGCUGCAGUUGUGUGCAAACCUGGUCAAGACCUACAGGAAACUCUGUAAUUGCAAACAAAGGUUUCUGUACCAAAUAUUAAGUUCUGCUUUUCUGAUGUAUCAAACAUUUAUGUCAUGCAAUAAAAUGCAAAUUAAUUACUUAAAAAUCAUGCAAUGUGAUUUUCUGGAUUUUUGUUUUAGAUUCCGUCUCUCACAGUUGAAGUGUACCUAUGAUAAAAAUUACAGACCUCUACAUGCUUUGUAAGUAGGAAAACCUGCAAAAUCGGCAGUGUAUCAAAUACUUCUUCUCCCCACUGUACAUGCCCAUCUGAAGUUUGCCAAUGAACAUCUCAAAUCAAAUCAAAUCAAAUCAAAUUGUAUUGGUCACAUGCGCCGAAUACAACAGGUGCAGACAUUACAGUGAAAUGCUUACUUACAGCCCUUAACCAACAGUGCAUUUAUAAAAAAAUAAAAAUAAAAAAGUGUUAAGAAAAAAAAUAGCAGAAGUAAAAUAAAUGAAUGAUUCAGAGGAGAACUGGGUGAAAGUGUUGUGGUCAGAUGAGACCAAAAUGGAGCUCUUUGGCACCAACUCAACUCACCGUGCUUGGAGGAGGAGGAAUGCUGCCUAUGACCCCAAGAACACCAUCCCCACCGUCAAACAUGGAGGUGGAAACAUUAUGCUUUAGGGGUGUUUUUCUGCUAAGGGGACAGGACAACUUCACCGCAUCAAAGGGACGAUGGACGGGGCCAUGUACCGUCAAAUCUUGGGUGAGAACCUCUUUCCCUCAGCCAGGGCAUUGAAAAUGGGUCGUGGAUGGGUAUUCCAGCAUGACAAUGACCCAAAACACACGGCCAAGGCAACAAAGGAGUGGCUCAAGAAGAAGCACAUUAAGGUCCUGGAGUGGCCUAGCCAGUCUCCAGACCUUAAUCCCAUAGAAAAUCUGUGGAGGGAGCUGAAGGUUCGAGUUGCCAAACGUCAGGCUCGAAACCUUAAUGACUUGGAGAAGAUCUGCAAAGAGGAGUGGAACAAAAUCCCUCCUGAGAUGUGUGCAAACCUGGUGGCCAACUACAAGAAACGUCUGACCUCUGUUAUUGCCAACAAGGGUUUUGCCACCAAGUACUAAGUCAUGUUUUGCAGAGGGGUCAAAUACUUAUUUUCCCCUCAUUAAAAUGCAAAUCAUUUUAUAACAGUUUUGACAUGCGUUUUUCUGGAUUUUUUUGUUGUUUAUCUGUCUCUCACUGUUCAAAUAAACAUACCAUUAAAAUUAUAGACUGAUCAUUUCUUUGUCAGUGGGCAAACUUACAAAAUCCGCAGGGGAUCAAAUACUUUUUUCCCUCACUGUAGCUGCUACCUAUGCUGUCUGACAAAAUCACUAUUUUAGUAGUUCUUCAAAGUAAAUAAGGCAUACUUUUAUGACUGACUGCUGUUAGCAGACGCUCUUAUCCAGAGCGACUUACAGGAGCAAUUAGGGUUAAGUGCCUUGCUCAAGGGCACAUUAACGUCAUUUAGCAGACGCUCUUAGCCAGAGCGACUCACAAAUUGGUGCGUUCACCCUAUAGCCAGUGGGAUAACCACUUUACAAUUUGGGGUGGGGGGGGGUAGAAGGAUUACUUUAUCCUAUCCCAGGUAUUCCUUAAAGAGGUGGGGUUUCAAAUGUCUCCGGAAGGUGGUGAGUGACUCCGCUGUCCUGGCGUCGUGAGGGAGCUUGUUCCACCAUUGGGGUGCCAGAGCAGCGAACAGUUUUGACUGGGCUGAGCGGGAACUAUGCUUCCGCAGAGGAAGGGGAGCCAGCAGGCCAGAGGUGGAUGAACGCAAUGCCCUCGUUUGGGUGUAGGGACUGAUCAGAGCCUGAAGGUACAGAGGUGCCGUUCCCCUCACUGCUCCAUAGGCAAGCACCAUGGUCUUGUAGCGGAUGCGAGCUUCAACUGGAAGCCAGUGGAGUGUGCGGAGGAGGGGGGUGACGUGAGAGAACUUGGGAAGGUUGAACACCAGACGGGCUGCGGCAUUCUGGAUGAGUUGUAGGGGUUUAAUGGCACAGGCAGGGAGGCCAGCCAACAGCGAGUUGCAGUAGUCCAGCCGGGAGAUGACAAGUGCCUGGAUUAGGACCUGUGCCGCUUCCUGUGUAAGGCAGGGUCGUACUCUCCGAAUGUUGUAGAGCAUGAACCUGCAGGAGCGGGUCACCGCCUUGAUGUUGGCGGAGAACGACAGGGUGUUGUCCAGGGUCACGCCUAGGCUCUUCGCACUCUGGAGAGGAGACACAGCGGAGUUGUCAACCGUGAUGGCGAGAUCAUGGAACGGGCAGUCCUUCCCCGGGAGGAAGAGCAGCUCCGUCUUGCCAGGGUUCAGCUUGAGGUGGUGAUCCGUCAUCCAUACUGAUAUGUCUGCCAGACAUGCAGAGAUGCGAUUCAAUCACUUAGAUCAUGUAUUUUCUCGUGCAUUCCUGUCACAGACCGGACAAGUAGGUGCACAAUGGGUUAAGGUCAUAGUUUAUCACAGAAAAUGUAGUAAUUAACAAUGUAGAAUAUUGGCCUGUUGGAAACUACAACUCCCUACUACAUCGCACAGUUCAGGUUUUAUCUGAGUUAUCUCUAGAGAAUGUGCGCAAUGAGCUCACAGAAGAAAACCCCCAAAAAUGGAAUCCAAAUAAUUGAACCGACGUUGGUCUAUUAGUUGUUUAUUAUAUUUCUGUUUGUGUUGUGCAGGUGACGGGCGCUACUCUCUUUUGGGUCAGCCUCUCCAGUACAGCCUCUGUCCCCCUCUCAUGCACAGCCAGACAAACUACAGCUCACAUCAGGUACUACCUCUCUCCCCCUCUAUCUCUCUCUCUCCCCAUCCCUCCCUUCUCACCCUCCUUGAAGCACACUGCAGCUACUCCUCCAGCCAUCCCUCCCCCUCCACUCCAUUCCUGCAUAUCUACUAGCCUGUAACCUUGUUGACACUUUUGCUGUUGGUGUGUUGCAGAGCCAAGUAGGAAUGAAGCAUGGUGCGAGAGGGAAGAGGCAGACACUGAAGUCUCAAUCUACAGAUCUGGGCGCCACUGACGUAGGUAAGACAACACAGACGUCUCCAUUACGGUCUAUAUGGUAUAUCUACAGUAUAUUUUGUGCUUUCACGAUCCAGAUGACCUCAGGACUCAAGGUUUGGGCCUCUCUAUGAUUCAGUACAUUUGACUUACGUCCUGCACACACACACACAUCCAGAACACAAAUACUAGAUUUUUUUAAUUAAUUCAUUUAUUUCAUUGUACCUUUUAUUUUACCAGGCAGGUCAAUUAAGAACACAUUCUUAUUUACAAUGAUGGCCUGGAAUGGGUCUGAUUGUAUGGAAGUUGUAUUAGUGUCUGAUCUUUCUCCUCCCUGUCUCCAGUGGUGAGUCGGGUGCUGGAGGUGACUGAUCUCCCAGAGGGCAUUAGUCGUCCAGAGGCUGAGAAGCUCUUCAACCAGCUUUCCAUGUGUGGUGCCAAAAUCCAGUGGCUCAAGGACCCAGUGGCGGGGGGCCGUGGAGGCUAUGGUGGCCCAGGAGUGCAUCACGGUCCUGGGCAUGGUCCUGGGGCUGGAGGGGGGAAAGGUGACUGCCCCGGCAGUGACCCAGCUCACCUCUACACAGUGGUGGCUGUGUUCCCCUCCACCAUGGCUGCACAGAGUGCUUCCUUUAAACUCAACAACAGUGGGGUCAGCCUCUUCAAACUGAGGGCUGCCAAAAAGAACUAUGACCUGAGAGUCCUGGAGAGGGCCAGCUCCCAGUGA